AUGGCCACGUCGAGGCUUUCGGUGCGCCCAGCCGCGCGCCUGCUCGCCUCUCUCCCAGGCGGCCGGGCGCCUGCCAGGUGAGCGCUUGGGCAGGGGCUGCAGGGAGGCUGGAGAAGCGGGCCGAGCUGGACGCGUCCUGGGCGCGGCGGUUUGAGGUCUGAGAAGGACUGGCAGGGGACGCAGAGCGGCUUGCACCGGCGGGGAAAGCAGGGCGCAAGUAUCCCACAUAAGUCAGUCCCCCAGAUCCUCGGUGCACGCCUGGCAGUUUUGAGAUCGCGAGUCUACAAAAACAGAAACAGAAGCAGCUCCCAUUAAGGAUCUUCUGCUAAAGUUCUUUCUCUCCCUCCCCGCUUUCCGUGCAACUCUCAGUACUUCCGGAGAAGAAGAAAGAACCCUUGUAAAUUUAAAAUUAGUUGGAAAUAAAUAGAUCUGUGCCUGUUUAUGCCCCUAUUAAAGACAGCUGCCUCUUCAUAACAUCACUUGGCUGUAGUGAGUAGCUGUCCCCAGAAUGUACAGUGGUACCUCGGGUUACAGACGCUUCAGGUUACAGACUGCUAACCCAGAAAUAGUACCUCGGAUUAAGAACUUUGCUUCAGGAUGAGAACGGAAAUUGCACGGCGGCAGCAGGAGGCCCCAUUAGCUAAAAUGGUACCUCAGGUUAAGAACAGUUUCAGGUUAAGAACGGACCUCCAGAACGAAUUAAGUUCUUAACCUGAGGUUCCACUGUAUUGCAAGCAGUGCCAGAUUUAUGUAUAGGCUAAGUAGGCUAAAGCCUAGGGCCUCUAAAUCUAGGGGGCCUCCCUAGCCCACCUGCCCCCCAGUAGGCAGUCUGCCUUCUCCCAAAAUUGCAAACCCAAGACUUCAUGCGAUGGCAGGGCAACCCGGGCCCAGCAACUAUGAGACUCAGGGCCAGCCAGUGGGGCCCAGUUUGAACCUCUAGGGCCCAACUUGGGGAAAAAAAUUGUGGGGCCCUAGUUUAUAGCCAAAAUCUGCAGAAUCUUGGAGAUAUAAAUCUGUGUGCUUGGUCAUUUUCACAAGAUCAGCAAAGCCCUUAAAAAAUCAGACCUGUUACUGAGUUCUUGUGCAAGUUUGUACAGUUCACUUCUGGAAUUUUUAAAGAGAAGAUUUUGAUGAGCUUGAGAAGCAAGCAAAAGCCACCUUGCCAAAUGUUAACUACAAAACAAGGAGACAAAGAGUGAGGGAACAGAAGAGCAUCUGAUACCUUAGAUGCACUUUCUUCAAGAGAUAAGUUUAGGAUAAAAUCCUUUAUUCCUAUAUUAGAUGCACCUGAAGCCAAUUUAAAAGGAAGUACUGUGUACAGUGAUGUUGCACAAUUGUUUUUCCAUUCUUGCUAUUCUGAUAGCAUCUAAGCAAGAAAUUCAGCAAGGUGUUGAACUGUUGAUGGAAGUAUCCCCCGGAAGACCUGAAACCUAUUGAUGAUAUUUUGCACUUUCACCUGUACAUGAGACAAAGCCAUAGGCUUACAGCAGAGCACUCUUUGUCUCAUACAGAGCUUUAUCAAAUUAUAUACAAGGAAAAAAUUCAGAUGGCCUUUCCUAAUGUGGAAGCAGUUUUGUGGCUAUUUCUUAGUUUUAUGGUCACUAACUGCUUGGGAGAUAGUUUUUCAAGACCCAAAAGAAUUAAAAAUGAAUUAAGGGCCACAGUGUCUCAAGAGAGGUUGUCCACACUGAGCAUUCUGUACGUAGAAUGUGACAAACUUAGACAAACAGAUUUUGAUGAAGUUUUCUGAUGUCCUUUAGAGGAGAAAUUGUGAAUUGCAGAAUUUUAAAUACCCACCAUCAACCUUGGCUUCAUUCAGUUUUGUUUAUAACACUCUUCCAUUUUCUUCUCCUCGUGAGUGUGGGGGAUGGGGAGGGGCCUCACAAGUGGGGUAGCCCAGGUCCUCUCUGCAUCUAAAUCCGGCCCUGAUUGCAAGGAGGGGUUUUCCUGCCACAGGUUAUAAAUGCCACCGGCGCAGUCUUUGCCAGAACUGAAGGGGCAAGAAUGCUGAAUGCUUCACCUGUUUAAUUUCUGCCUGCUGCACAUCCGUUGAUAGCGUGCAAACCCAGCCUCAAAAAAAGGAGGAAGUGUUAAUUGCUGGAGGGGGUGCAAGUGGUGCAGAUGAGGAGUAAUUGCAGUUUGAUUGUGAUUGUCAAUUGCCCCAUAAUUAGAAGAGGAAUAAAUUGCCAUAGGAAUUAAAAGUCAAGUGGCUUGUAUCCUUAUUUCCAAUCCAGAACUCCUGUAAGACUGGAAAAACCAGCUGUGAACUCUGACCCAAUUCCUGCCUGUGUUGCGCUGCUUAGAUAGUUGCUGUGACAUGACAAGGCUGCUGUUGGAAGAUACCUUUGCUCUCUUUAUCAUUUAACUACAAGAGAUGAUUUAUUAAAGGGACAGCCAUCGUCUUGGUGGUUUAAAAAUAGAAAAUUACUUCUUUCUUCCCUCUGGCUUUAAAAUAUUUAAAGUUCUAUUUAUAACUCUCUCUCUCUUCUCUCUCUGAUGCUGUUGACAAACCAGUCAGUGCAUCUUUCACGCCAGGAGACUGUUAGCUGGUGUACAAAGUGCCAGCGUGGCACAGUUCAUGUCCAGAGAGCGUUUGAGUCAUGCUAGCUGCUAGAUGAAUGGUUUGGAGAGGUCCUGGCAGAGGGGAAAGUGUGAGGGGAAGAGGUAGGGGAGGAUCCACUAAUAUCCAAAAGUGCAGAAAAGAUAAUGCUUUAUUUCUAGAAUUUACCAACCAUCCACCAUUCAAAAAAAAUUGUAGCGGUGCACAAAAACAAAGAAAGGAAGUGCAUACAAAAUAUGAGGUUGAAACAAUAAAAAUAGAUUGAAAUGCAUUUGUAAAACCAAUGAGAACAAUAGCAAACAAUGCAAGCCUGAAAAGGCCACAAGAGGGCCUCAUUUGACCUGAGAGUUCAAGCAGGCUGAAGGUGACCUUGGCUGCUGAGGAGUUUUGCACUCGAGCAGUAAAAGCUUCACCCAGUAGCAGAUUGGCAGCCAGUGCUGAUCCAUUAGCAGUGGUGCCAAGGAAAAGUUGCUUCUAUCUAUGGUUAGGGAGCACACAUGCUGUCAGCUCCCAGUUGGCCAGAGAGGACUCUUACCAGACUACAUUUGGUGUUUUGAAAUUGUAAAUUGCAUUGGGCAGAAUGGCAGAAGAGUAAUAUAUUUAAAUCCAACCAAUAAAUGUGACAACCAGUCCAGAGGAUGGCAGCAGCUGCCAGCUUUUUCCUCUUCGCCUCAGUGUUGCACUGAAUACUUUCGUUAUUAUUUCAUCCUUGAUUCAUAUAAUUUAGGGAUUGUGGCUGACAUCUUUUGCAACACAUCAGAAUUAUUAAAUUGCUCUUUCCUGUUUUUGCAAGUGAGCAUGAAUGUGAAUAAUAUUAAGUUUCCCGUAAGAUCAGGGAACUGAAAUUGUUCUGUGGGGAAUACCAAGCCUUUAUCAGUUUAAACUGUGAAUCAGAAGAGUCUGAAUCAUAGCUGAACCCCACAGGGCAUUAAAUGAGGAGUGGAAGAACUAUGUAAACCACCUUGAGCUCCAUGGAGAAAAGGGUAGGAUAUAAAUGCAACAAAUAAAUAGGUUUUCAGUGGAAGCUGUGGUGUUAUAACUCCCAGUUUUGCCCACAUUCUUCCAGAAGUAGUUUGAUUGUGACUAGUAUUUUGCUUAAAAAAAAAAAAUCAGUAUAAAUGUGAUGUUUUUCCUACAGGUCCUCUUAUUUAAUUUUAUUUUUAAAGAUAUAUUCAAACAGAAAAUCAUGAAUCGGCACGCCUUGAAACCUCCUCUGCUAAAACCUUAAUGGACAUAGGAACUCGGAGGAUCUUCUCAUCGGAUCAUGACAUCUUCAGGGAAAGUGUAAGAAAGUUCUUCCAGGAAGCUGUGCUUCCACAUCAUGCAGAGUAAGUUGAAGAUUGUAAAUCUUGUGGUCUUGCCUGUGGUGGUGUUUGUUAACCGGAGUUCGUUCCCUUCUCCCCCACCCGCCACCUCCUGGUAGAAGCAAUGUUAAAUUACAUGUCGGUUCUUCUAGGAAAAGAGAUUAUACUUUUGCCAAUGGAAAUUUCCAUCCUACAGUGUUUAGCAACUUUGCAGGACUGGGGUAUCUUUGCUGGAACAGUGGCAUGGGAUAAAAGGAUUGCAGAACAAAACCACACACACUGUAGUCCUGAUCAGGUCUCUCUGUGGCUAAAAAUCCUGCCCUCCCCUUGUUGUGCAUUCAUGCAUUUAACAAAAAUAUAGUUUGGCCCUUGGUUUAAUAAUGUAAUGCAGCAGGUUAACAAAGGCUGCAACCCUAUACCUACUUUCCUGAUAGUUUGCCCCAUUAAACUUAAUGGGACUUACUUCUGAGUAUUAUUAUUAUUAUUAUUAUUAUUAUUAUUAUUAUACCUUGCCUUUUUCCCCUGUAGGCAGCCUACAGAUAAAAACAAGAAAUGCUUAAAAUAUAGAAAAUCAUUAAAAAACCAUUAAAAGGUAAAGGUACCCCUGCCCGUAUGGGCCAGUCUUGCCAGACUCUAGGGUUGUGCGCUCAUCUCACUCUAUAGGCCGGGAGCCAGCACUGUCCGCAGACACUUCCGGGUCACGUGGCCAGCAUGACAAGCUGCAUCUGGCGAGCCAGUGCAGCACACGGAACGCCGUUUACCUUCCCGCUAGAAAGCGGUCCCUAUUUAUCUACUUGCACUUAGGGGUGCUUUCGAACUCCUAGGUUGGCAGACGCUGGGACCGAACGACGGGAGCGCACCCCGCCGCGGGGAUUCGAAUCGCCGACUAUGCGAUCGGCAAGUCCUAGGCGCUGAGGUUUUACCCACAGCGCCACCCGCGUCCCUUUAAAAAAAACCCAUUAAGCAUGGAUAAAAUUAAAACUAUAUAUGUAUAUAAUAACUAUUGAAACUAUACCAAUAAUUGCAAUAAUAGCAGCAUGACACCAGCUGCAGUCAGUUCUCCAAAGCCUGUUUUUUUGGCUUUUGGGAAUUGACUUUUGAGAACAAGGAAGUCUUCACCUGCUGGCAGAAGGACAACAAGGAGGGAGUCAGUCUAGCUUCUCUAUGGAGGAACUUCCAAAGUCUGGGAGCAGCCACCGAGAAGGCCUUCUCCCGCUUCCUCACCAAGUGUGCCUGUGAGGGUGGCAGGACCAAGACAGGGGCUUCCUUUAUUUAUUUUAAUUUGGCUGCAGUAUCUCCAUUGGUGGGGAGGGGAACAAAUCCAACGAACACCCCCCCAGUGCUUAAAUCUUGCAUCUCUGAAUCAGCAGGUGUGAGUGUGCACAUGAUUGAGCAUGUGCACGUACAGACACAUACAAGCAAUCCUCAACUCUUGGUAUUGUGUAUAGGUUUGCUUCUAAACGUCUUUGUUUUCAGUCAAUGCAUUUUUAUAGAGCAAUUCCUCAGUUUUGUGUCCCCCGUCCGGCACACUGUAAAAAAGUAUCCCACAGACUCCGCUCAAAUCUUGUUUUAUUUGCAGGUGGGAGAAAGCUGGACAGGUGAGCAGAGAGCUCUGGGAAAAAGCUGGACAGCAGGGCUUGCUGGGUGUCAAUAUAUCAGAAGAACAUGGUGGCAUUGGAGGGGAUCUUUUCUCUGCAGCAGUCGUUUGGGAAGAACAGUAAGUAGCAAAUGCACCGUGAAAUAAUUUUUUCAAUGUCAAGUACCUUUUUGCUCUUGAUUUCCUAUGGCCAUAUAUUUUGGGAACACUGUUGUUGGCUUCCCCUCCCUUUUGUACCCUGAUGGCAGCAUUUUAGGGUAUUGCUAAUUCUUCUGAAAUGUAUAAAGCCCUGAACAACUUGGGGUGUAGAUACCUGAAGGAAAGCUUCUCUGUAUAUCAGCCUACCCACUUAUUGACAUCUGCAGGUCAUAGUCCUUCUGUGUGUUCCUCAGAGCUCUAUGUGUGGUGGUGACUUAGGAUAAGGAAUUCCAUCCCUCCUGAGAUACCAUUGCCACUGUUGGGUCCAUAUUUUGACAACGACUAAAAAGUGAUCUCAUGUUGAGUUGUAGACUGCUUGAUCUUAUUGUGCAGGACAUUGAUUUGAUGCUAAAUGGUAGACUGCUGUGAAUCUGGUUGUUGUUGUUUGAUGGUAAUUUUAUGUAUUUAUGUCAGCUCUUGCUGAGAUGUUAAAUCAGCCUCUCGGCUGAAAUGCUCCCCAGACUACUUGAAUGUCCCCCCUAUCAGUAUAUCCUUUCCCAUAGAAAAUUUAUACAUUGCAGAGAAGGCUAGGCUAUAAUCCUUGACCCUGACAUGUUACUUUCCAUUCCAUCACCAUCCCCAGACUGCAAUGGUACAGUUCAGAAACCCCUAGGGCACUUGAUUCCAGUUAUCUGUAUUUGUGUCAAAAUGCCACGCCUUCAGUAUGUUGAGAGGCUAGGGUGGAAUCUAGACACAUAAAAAAGCUGUGAAAAUGUUUUUUAAAAUAUAUAUAUAUUUGCCAUAGCUCACCAUUGCCAUCUAGUGCCACAUUUGUGUAAUGCACUUUACAACACACUUAAAAUGUUUUAUCUGCAGCUGUAUAUCUCAGUCCUGGGAUGCGGGUGGCGCUGUGGGUAAAACCUCAGUGCCUAGGACUUGCUGAUCGUAUGGUCGGCGGUUCAAAUCCCCGCAGCGGGGUGAGCUCCCGUCGUUCGGUCCCAGCUCCUGCCCACCUAGCAGUUCGAAAGCACCCUUAUGUGCAAGUAGAUAAAUAGGUACCGCUUUAUAGCGGGAAGGUAAACGGCGUUUCUGUGUGCUGCGCUGGUCUGGCUCGCCAGAUGCAGCUUAGUCACGCUGGCCACGUGACCCGGAAGUGUCUUCGGACGGCGCCGGCUCACGGCCUCUAGAGCGAGAUGAGCACGCAACCCUAGAGUCGGACACGACUGGCCCAUACGGGCAAGGGUACCUUUACCUUUACCUAUAUCUCAGUCCUAGAUCAUGGUCUCUCUCUUUCUCUUUUUCCUUUAAAAAAGGAAAGGCCAGUAUGCGGAACUAUUGUGUGAUUUAACUUAUCUUUAAGGAAUAAUUUUGAACAAGUAAAUCCAGUCCCUAGCUUCAUAACUUCCCCUCAGUAACAAAAACUUUAGAUAUCAAAAACAAUGGAAUUAUAAAAAUAAUUUGAUAAUUAGGUUUCUCUAUGUUUUGAUAUUGUAUUUAAAAAUCAGCCUGAAAUCAAUGUGAAGCUGCUUUUAUGAACAUCUCUUGACUUCUUUCUUUCUUUUUCAGAAUGUAUGUUAACUGCACAGGCCCAGGAUUCAGCCUUCACUCCGAUAUUGUCAUGCCAUAUAUAGCAAAUUAUGGUUCAAAAGAGCAGAUUAAGAGGUUCAUUCCAGAAAUGGCAGCUGGCAAAUGUAUUGGUGCAAUAGCUAUGACAGAGCCUGGUGCUGGGAGGUGAGCCAAGAAAUUAUAAAAAUUAAUUGUUGUAAAAAGUAAGUCCCAUUAAGUGUGUGUGCAUGUGUGUGCUCUGUAAGAUUUCAAAUACUUUUGUCUUCCUGUAUAAGGUAAAAUUGGUGGACCAGUUUGUCAGAGCAAAUUCCUCUAACUUUGCUGAACUAGGUCAGAGAGCUAGAGUAGUGGUCGAAAGAUGGAGCUGUGAACCAGGAAGGAACCAGUUUUAAUUUCUCCUCUGCCACAAAUUCACUAAGAGUCCACUGGCAAAUCACCAUCUGUUGGCCUCUGCUCCUUGUAUAAAAACAAUGCUAAGUAGCUUACAAGGUUGCUCUUAAGUAUUUCUGAGUGUGUAGACAGGAGGAACUGUUAACACUAUAAAUGCAAAGCAUUACUGUUGUUACAAGAAAUUAUAUGCACAUGAUUCCAAGUGCAGGAGGCAGAAUAAUUAUCAACAGGAAGCUGUUAUUCCAGGACUAGAUGAAAAAAGAAGCAAAGCACUCACCGCUGAAGUAACAUUGGAUGCAAAUACUCCACAUGAAAAUUAAGUGUUAAUGUAUGCUUUAAUUUUUCUUGUUACCCUGUUUAGAUAAUGCUUUUUAAAAAAUUAUUGUGGCUAAUUAGGCUGCAGUCUGAACCCCCGGAGCCUGGCUGCUGGAGGAGGUUAGGAUGUAGCAGAUGUCCCUGGCUGCUUACCUCUUCCUGCCUCUGCUGUUGGUGGGCUCUUCCUUCUGCAGAGAUCCCCAUGGCUAAUUGAAUGCUAUUACCAGUAGUGUUCCUGAUAUGGCUCUGAAACAGGGCAUUAUGAAGGUGGAGCAGGAUCCUAAACUGGUCCAUAACUUGGAUAGGGGCCAAUCUGUGCCGGCCAACUACUGGAGCAGGAAAAAGAGAGAAAGUGCUCCUUCCCACAUUCUGCCCUGGCUGGCAAGAUCUGGCGAGGCUUUUGAUUCUGCUAUUCUGUCCCACUGCUCCUUGCUGAGACCUUAGAAUUGCUCAUUCUGUGAUAUUAUGGCAGCGAACAAAACUGUAUUGUAACCUUUGAAUAAAUGUUUUAAAUAAUAAAAAAGAGUUGCUCCCUUACUGUGCAAUCCUGUGCAUGCUUACCUGUGGGUAAGCCGCAUUGAAUACAGUGGAGCCUCCUUAUGGAGGGCAGAUUUUGCCCUUAUUGCAGCCCUGUUCGUAAGGGCAGUGCUAUACUUUCCCCCCUUGUAGGAGUGAAUGGCAAUGGAUCACCAUUAGAAUAGGAUCUAUUUUUUCAUAUCCCUUGUUAACACUGAAUUUCCUCCCAUAUAUGCCUAACUCUCUUCUGGAUUCUGCUUGGGGUUCUUUUUUCUUUGUUUUUGUUUGUGUGACUAUUCGGAGAACUUGGUUUUAUAUAUAAUAGAUUCCCUGGUGUGUGAUCUAUCUAUGCUGGGGUUAUUUAAAAAUAAAUACUGUGCCUUUUCCUCUGUACUAUUAAGAACUGUUUUAUUGUUAGCGAUUUGCAGGGUGUGCGAACAUACGCAAAAAAGGAUGGAAGUGACUGGAUUCUAAAUGGCAGUAAGGUAUGUACAGGAAAGGAUAAAUUAUUCUGGAUUCAGUGUAGGUUUCAUCUUACAGCCCUUUGAGAUAAUGGCUUCUAAACUGGCCACGGUGGUCUUGCCACUGUACCUUUUGCCAAAGAAGCAGUGCCAAGCUACUUCCCGUUAUGUUUUUUACGAGAAUUCAUGCUGCCAGGUAAUGUGGCUACUUCUGCCGGCAGCCUCAAAACUCAAUCAGCCUAGCAGGUGCUCUUCUGUACUUCUUUUAUCUGGGGAAGAUAUAAAGACCAUCUGAAGAAUUUGGCCUUUUCGUGUUCUAACAUAGUUGGCCUGCACAGGGUAACCAAUGUGCAAAUAUUUCACAGUUCAAAAGAGUUGGCAGUAGAAUGGCUUCCCUGGUAUGAAACUGCCUGAGGGGACCAAGGAGGCAAAUAAAAACUUGACUACAUCAAUGCAAAAGAGAAAAAAGAAAGAGUUUACUUUCUCGGUGAGUGUAUUGUUCAGGGUUCAAGGAAAAUGCCAUGCUGGAUGCCAACUGCAUGCAGCCAGGUUGCUGUUGCUUUGUUAUUAGAUCCUUUAGUUUGAACUGCUUCUCUUCUUCUCUGAUAAAAGUUUGGGGCAGGGAGGAGGAGGGGGAACACCACCUCUCAGUCUACCUCCCAGGUUGUUGUAAGGAUAGAAUAGAUAGCCCCAUGUGCAGGACCCUGAGCAAAUUGGAGGAAGGCCAGGAUACAAAACAUUUUCAUCAGUCAGUACAAUGCCACACAAAGUUGCAGGGCUUUUUAGGAUGUAACAGCAUUUAUUGCCAUGUUUGGGAAAAGAGACGAGAACAUUGUUAAUUUUUUCUAUUGCUUUCACUUGUUCACGGCUCUUCUGACAUGCUGAAAUUAGUUACAGCAAAGUGUUCUGCAGGCUUCGGUGGCAUGGUUGAUUUUCAGCACAAUCCCAAGCAUCUUUACUUGGUCAGAAUUAAGACUCAUUGUCCUCCCCAGGGCUUUACAGCAGCCUUCCCCAACUGGUGCUCUCUAGAUAUUUUGGACCACAGUCUCCAUCAUCCCCAAGCAAUAUGGCUUUGCAGUCUGGGGCUUGAAGUCCAAAACAUCUGGAGGGCACUAAGUUUGAGAAGUCUGCCCUAGUUAAGUGUGCUUACUGGAUUAUAAGUUUACUUUAUGCUAAUGUUCGGUUUGCUGCUUGCUGCUUCUUUUUUUAAGAGCUUGAGCUGCAUUGGAAGAAUCGUGAGCCUCUUUUUUUCCGUCUGCCUUACUCCUUGUGAUGGGGAUCACUUGGCAGUGGGAUAUCUUUGGGUCUCUUCUGUAUCCUGUCCUGUGAACAAGAAUUCAAAGUGAUCUUGAUUAAACUAGACAAUUAGCACGAAAGCUGCAAGAUAAAACGAAUAAGCAAUGGUUUGCUCAAAGAGAAAUCCACCAGUAAAAACUGGAAUGGCUGACUCUAUGGUAGCAUUGUUGUGAUGGGUUCCCCUCUCCUCCAUGUGAAUGUUCAUUGCAAAUCACCGCUGCAUUGUAAAUGGCUGCAGCUGCUUUGGAGUUCCUUAACAGAGACCCUGUCUCCAAGACAAAGAAAGUCAUAACAAUAGUAUGUAGCUACUUUAUCCCACUCCACUGUAUUGCAGGUGUUCAUUACUAAUGGUUGGAUGAGUGAUGUAGUAAUUGUCGUGGCUGUUACAAACCGUGAGGCCCGUUCCCCUGCUCAUGGCAUUAGCCUCUUUCUGGUAGAAGAAGGAAUGAAAGGAUUCAUCAAAGGGCGUAAACUUGAGAAAAUAGGACUUAAAGCACAGGUGAGUCGUUGGAGUCUGAGAAGCCACUCUGAUGAUUGCCUGUGAUGAAUGCAACUUGAGGAAUGACAUAAAUAUUCUAAAACUAUUAAGAAGUGUAUUAUUUAGCACUAAAAUAGAGAGCAAAAUUGAAAGGUGGGUGCAGGACCACACAUCACACAAAGGAGCCCUUUACCCAGAAGCUACUUGUGCAGCGGCAUCCCAUGGUGGUGGCAGCCACCUUUGGCAUCUCAUGUGUCUGCCCCUUUGACACAAAGUGAGCUGUGGGGCAGGAACCUGAUCUUAGCAUCAAAAGUGGUGCAUUGGUGAAGACAGCUUAACUUCCACUGCCCCAGUUCCCCAAGGUCAGUUUCCCAAACUCCUGCUCUGUGUAUGUAUAUAUGUCCUGCCCCAACCCUGUUCCAGUAAUGGAAGUGAGCCCAUCUGAGAAAAGUACAGUACCUGGGUUGAUGGAGGGGUGGGAUUUGUCUCCUGUCCCCCAUGCAUGAUGUUAAGUAUUAGGCACACCCUACGGCUCACCAAGUGUUGGCGGUGGGACAGACAUUUGAGACAAACAUGACUACUGCUGCUACAUUGCAUUUGGUCCUUAGAAAAUGGAUGUGGUGAGCUAUAACUUUCAUCAGCAGUUUGACUUCUGAGCCUGUGUGUAUGAAGGGAACAAGAAGCAGACUUGCAAAAUGGUGGUAGCAAAUUUUCUGUGUGAUUUUUUUUAAAUUAGGACACGGCAGAGCUGUUUUUUGAAGAUGUCCGCCUGCCUGCUGGGGCCUUGCUUGGACAGGAGAACAAAGGCUUCUAUUAUCUAAUGGCAGAGCUUCCUCAGGUAGGGGAGACAUAAAACCACACUGAGGCACACAAAGGCAUGACUUGUUCAUUGCAGCAAACUGCCAGCAACAGAUUGCGUGGUGUGACAUUUGAUCUCCGACACAGGAUUUCAGCAGCCACCACCUGCUGAUCUCAGCGUGGGUUUUUUGCUGCUUCAUGUUGGAAAUACUGCAUUUGAAACUGAUGUGUGAUCUUCUUUCUACUGGGUUACAGACCUGUGUGUUAAUUUAAGAGAUCACAGCUUCCUAAGAAUUAUCAAAAUGGUUUGAUAAUGUAACUGAUUUUUGCCAUGCCAGUUUAAUAUUAAAAUGAUUGUGGAUGGACAAUUUGAUUUCAAAUUAUGAUACCAUAUUGAGUAGAUCUGUUGCAGACGCAUUUGAUCGCAGCAUAAUGGAUAACUGUUGUUUAACAUUAGUGACUCCAUCUUCAGCUGUUCCAUUCUGGAGCUGGCACAGCGAAAAAUGAGAAAAAAUCCCGUCCCAUCCACCUUCUAGUCUGGCUGGCGCGAGUAGCAAGACGAGAUGAGGCAGUCAGUGUUCUGCUCGCUGUCUGGGGUAGGGUUGGGUCAUAUCUGCUUUUCAAUAUUGUGAUAGAUCACCUGCUGAACAUCACGUCAUCCUGAUAUCUCACAAUGUCUGAAAAAAGGAUGUAACUAUGUAGAGGCAAAUGGGGUAAUGUCUUGGCAACAGCUACUUCUUAGGAGAGUAAAACUGAUACCUAUUUACUUAUCUUUAAGAUAUUGCCCCGAUUCUCGUAAUUUGAACAUAGCUUCUGCAUAUGGCCCUACAUGCAUAUAUUCCACGUCCAAUUUUUCUCAGGAUGCAUUGUUGUUAUGCGCCACCCCAAACUCGAAGAGCGGUGCAAGAUUCCAGGGGUUGCAGGUGCGCUUUACAUGGAGUCUAUUUCCCUUUGGACAGUGAGGCAUAGAAAAGACUAAUGUCUUUACAAUAUAUGAUUUAUUUACACACACACACACACACACACACACAUAUACAACCUGAGGAAUUUAGGGUGUGUGGCACCCCACAAACUCCUAACAAUAUAUUGUGUGUUCAGAAUGUACAUACAUGAGGUGCAUGUACGUAGGUCGCCUGUGUGGACAGGUUCUCAGGCGCAUGGAUGCAAAGUGGUAAUCUCACCCCCCCCCCCGCUGUGCUUAUACACUACACACUUUGGCCAUCAAUAUAGGGCUGAUGUUGCUAUUCUAGACACAUGUCUAGCAAUUUGGAUCUGGGACUAAAAAUUUUAUAUCCAAAUUGAACCGUGUGGGGAUUUUGAAGAAUGUUAAAAAUAUUAGAAGCUUAAUUCUGGUCCACGUCACUUUUAAAGACUGGGAAGACUAAUUUAGCUUGUGAUGAAAGGGCAGGGAAUAUCAAAUACAGAACUGUGCAUACGAAUAGCUUUUCUGUGGUAAUGAGCACAUGUGAGAAUGUUUUCUCCCUCCAUCUCUUAAGGAAAGGUUGUUGAUUGCUGAUAUGGCAAUUGCCAGUUGUGAAUUCAUGUUUGAAGAGACAAGAAACUAUGUUAAACAAAGAAAAGCUUUUGGAAAAACAGUUGCACAUUUGCAGGUAAGCAUUUAGGCAUGUUUCUUUGUCCUGUAAAGUCAUAAUAAAUGUCUGAAUCCCAUAAAGCAUAUAUUACUCUGACAAGCUCUGACACCACACUUCAGACUUCCGGUUUGAUUCACCUAAUGUGCAAUCGGCCUUUCCCCCCUCCCCUUGGCCCCAGAUUUGACUCUAAGAUAGCUGGGAGAACCUCCUGGAUGGUACAUGGGGUAAGGGGAGACGGUGACAUCUGACAAACUGCAAGGCUUGCGCUUGUGGAAUGUUCACCACAGCGAGACAUUGAAUUCCACCCUAUGGCUGUAUAUGCACAUCACACUAAAAACAUAGUUUAGCAGCAUAUUCAUGAGUCAGUUCACCAUUUUUUCCUCAAGAACUUAAUUUUUACAAGUGUAAAUUUUAGAGAAAUCCAUAGAAUUGGUCCUGGAUACAGUACAGCAUGACAAACCUGAUAUACCCUGAGAAAACAGUAGCCUUCUGGGUGAAAUGAAUACUUUCCUUGCUAGCAAUUUCAAACAAAAUCUGGGUUCAACCUCAUAUAAUUUAUUGCCUUUUCUCCCCUACCUCACCCUGCCUUCUGUCUUUAUACUGGUUCUGUUCUCUCUGCCAAGCGGUGCUUCUCAAACUUGGGUCUCCAGCUGUUGUUGGACUACAACUGCCAUCAUCCCUGACCACUGGUCCUGCUAGUAAAGGCAUCCCUUUACUAGCAGAUGGGAGUUGUAGUCCAAAAACAGUUGGAGACCCAAGUUUGGGAAAUACUGAUAGGUAUCCACUUCUCACCAGACGCUUUGCCUGUAUUGUCUCAUUUCCGUUUUCCCAGGCACCUUCCACGUAGCACAUCUAUAUCUGUGCUUCCUUGGAGCACCUCCACAGGUCUCCCUGAUGCGACAGUGGCUUACCUUCGCAAAUGUUUCCCAGAGUACACAGUGUAAUGUACAUUUUAAGAAUAGUUUGGAACUUUGUGGGUGGUGCAUUCUGUGCCGUGGGAGAGUAGAAUUGAACCUGCCAGCCUAUGGAUCAUUAACCCACAUAAAAUAUAGGAGAGGUACAUUAUGGGGUGCCUGACCCGAUCUUCCAUUUCAAAUAGCCCUCUUAAUUUUCAGUGCUGCUCAGUUCUAAUGGAUCUUACUCCCAGGUAAAUAAACUGCAUUUUCUUUCUUGAAUUGGAAGACUGUGCAGCACAAGCUAGCAGAACUGAAAACGCAAACAUGUGUAGGUCGUACGUUUCUGGAUAGCUGUCUCCAGCUCCACUCCGUGAAACGGCUGGAUUCUGCCACCGCUUCAAUGGCCAAGUACUGGUAUGUGUGUUAAACAAGUUAUCUAACUUUCCAUAUAACAUCUCUGUCUUUUGAACAGUUACAUUGAACAUAACCUCAUAUGGUUGACAGGCUGUGAAAGGCCUUUCUUACAGGGGUGCGAAGAAUUUCCUGGGGGGUGACAAAUGCCUCCAUGAUCCUUCCUUCAGUUUAAUUUUGCUACUUCUGUGCACAAAUACUUGUGCAUAUGAGAAGUGGGAUGCACACCCCAGGGCUCAUUUUGAACAGCAGGAUUGAUUUUUAAAAAUGGAAGUAAAAGUUCCUGAAAUGGUUAGGAAAGUGCAACUACUUCUUAAGUAGAACAGGAGUUGUGUUUAACAUAGCAUGAAGCAGAUCACACAAUCAGCACAGGGAUUUCCCCUUGCACCACAGAACGUUCUCAUCCCCACAGUGUAAUAUUGUUCUGAGUUCCCCUCCAGCCCUCUGGAACAGAUUUGGAAGUCCCACCGGGGAGGAGAGGUGGGGGAAGCCCAUUGUGCUAAUGCUAAUCCUUGCACUUGUGCAACUAUUUAGGUCUGGAUGCUCCACAUGAGGCCAUUCAACACUUAAGUGCAAGAAAGUUAACAGUAACAGCAAAUACAUCCUGAUAGGCUGCCACCACAAACGAAAUGUGAAAACCCCCCUCAAAGUUAGCCUUUGCCAGCCUGGGGUUGGACUAGAUGACCCUCUGGGUCCCUUCCAACUCUAUCAGACAUUUUGGACUUCUGCCAGCAAAGGCUCCUCUAGGCUCUUUGGGAGGGUGUCUGAGCCCAGCUGACAAGGACUUCUCUACUUAAGCCAAGCUCUAGAAAUAUAAACAGUAAGGAGCUUGAUAUUUACUUUGCUACAGCUAAGGGGACACAGAACAAAACCCUGUGAAAUGUCAUUGGAACACAAGGGGGUAGCUUAACAGCCUCCAGCACACAGGGAAAAUUAUUAAUGAUAAAUACAUUUUAAAGCAGUGAAUUUAAAUGCCCAAGUAUUUAAAGAAUGUUUGAUGAGAGGAAAUGGAAGGUGACUAUCACACACAGGCUUGCAAAUAAAAUCAGUAAAGUCAAUCUAACUUUGCUGAUUAUACCUUCUUGCCUGACCAAACAGUGUUCCUUGUGAGAAAGAAGUUCUGAAAGAGAAUGAGAACGUCUUUAGGUUCCUGAUUUAGAUCAAGCCUGUCAUAUUUUUUGGAAAUUGGAGACCAACAAAAGCUGCGGUCUUAAUGGAGGUGCAUUGUUUCGUGAGACCAAUGGCAGGAGAGUCUCUGCCUUUGAUGUAAGGGGUCUAGGCAGCAGACCAGAAAUUCAUUUAGUGGUUAGUUCCACUUCCUUGAUAAUUCUAGACUUCCACUGCAAAUCAGUUAGCUAUUGUGAAAAAGGGGUUAAUGCGAAAAUGUGCACUGGGAAAUUAAAAAUGCAAUAUAUAUGCCUAUUCAGUAUUCACCACAGUGGGUGUCAAAUACCAGGCAUCAGGAGGCACUGUUGGGAAUAUUUCAGGAUGUAGGGGGCUCGUCACAAUAGCAGCAGGCAGGGAAUUAAAAUGGAAAGAAAACAGAAGAAUGUGACAGAGGGUUGUUUCUUGAUUGUUCGUCACUAAGAAUACUAGUCACGCUCACACCCCAUGCAGCACUUGUAGUAGCACAGAUGCUGCCUCUAGAUGAGAAAAAUGCCUUGUCCUCAAAAUAAUAUGAUGCCAUGAGUGAGGUGAGGUCUAUAUACCAAAUGAACACUGCGUUUAUUGGCUAUGAACUAGUCUGGAAAGGCAAUUAGAAAGUAGGAAAGAAUCUGGCUGCCUGACUACAAUGCAGUACAAAUGGGUGAGGACCCUUUAAUAAAAGACUCUGGCACCCAUUACUGGAAAUUACUGGGUUCCUUAGAUUUGGAAACUGGGUAUGCUGUGUUGGUUUUAAAGCAGUGUUGGCUACUUGCAGUCCUUGAACUGAAUAAAGUUUGUCAGCUGAUUUAUUCAGGAAGAUCUUGUAUUUCUUUUUCUCUCCCUCCUCCUCUUUUGAGGUAGACAAGUCAUCUUGACCUCAGCUUCUAAAUUGCUCUUGGCAAAAUACAGCUUGAAGAGACCAUGAUAUUAGAAGUCUGGCUUCCAUAACAAUGCUUAAUUGCUGAGCUGAAUGGCUUUUGGAAACCAUAACACGAUCUUAUUACAAAACGGCUGAAGGUUUAUCAAAUAAGUAGUUCCAUAUAGCAUGCUGCAUAAACAUAGACUCGGUAUUUUUCACCAAGCAUUUCCCCAAAUCUCUCUGGCUCUUCAGGGUGGAAAUGUUGCCCACUUGCCAUGUUAUAACACAUCCUGACCUGGGCUGCCUCUUUAGAGUUCCAUUUUUCAUUAGCCAGAAAAAGCCGCUGGGUUGUUAUUGCUGUUACAUAUUAACUUAUGUUUUACCAGACAGAGUUAGACAAGUAAAAACAGCUAAGGUAAUACUUUGUACUGAUGCCAGACUGAAUUAACUACAUGGUUGAAAGAAAUCAGAUGCUAGAUUAGAAGGACAGAAAACAUUUUUGUGAGGCUAUACUGAUUUUUCUCUUGUGGAAACUAUAGAAAGAGAAACACACACCAAUAACAAAGUCCAGAUGGGGUAUUUCCAGUUAUGGAAAAGAAAUUUGGGUAUAAAUGCCUGAUAGGAAAGUAAUUUUACUUAGCCUCUAAGAAAAGGAAAUCACCAUUGUCUUUUUGUCUGUGCAGAAUGAUUAACUAUAGUCAUAACCACAUGGUGAAUACUGCAGCCCAUGGCACCCAUAUCUUAUCCCUUAAUAAAACUCCUUAUAGUUUCCUUAAGUAAAGCGGUUUCUUGGUAUCAUUACUGAGUAUGACUCUGGCUGUAUUCAGAUAGAGCUGUUCUCUUUUUACUGCUGCAUGGGAAAAGAUCCUAGAGUGUGCGUGCACAUUCUAAACUGGAAUAGAAAACUCAGCGCUGGGACAAAAGUACCAAUCAAACUGUGUUGCCUAGGUAAUGCUUUUAUCACUAAGGAAAGCAUUACAUAAAACCAAGAAUUGUAGGGGGCUAGAUUCAACUAAGGGUUUCCCACUACUGGAAGCCAAUUCAAGGUCUUGUGCUAGUGCAAUAUGGCUUUUCCCUGUUCUCUCCCUUUGUACCCCCCUCUCCUUCCAAAUUGGCUCGGGAGGGUCUGGAGAACCCCCAGAACACGAUUUGGGGGGGGGGGGAGAUAUUGUUCCCUGGCAGAGUGAUCUCCUUAGUGCUGCAUUGAAUUCCCCUCUAAAUGUUGCAUCAACCUGCAUUUGAAACCUUUUCUACAGCCAAUACAUUAUUUUGAGCAUCAUGCAAGCUAUUUCAAAAUGGUGAUUAUUAAAAGAUCAUGGUGGUGCAACUUAUUUAAGAGAUAUAAGCUCAACUGCUUUGGAAACAGAUUUUCUCUCUGUUUAAGGGCUUCUGAUCUCCAAAACAAUGUGGCUACUCAGUGCGUGCAACUCCAUGGAGGAUGGGGAUAUAUGUGGGAAUAUCCAAUUGCAAAGUAAGUACGACUACUUUUUAUCCUCACAGGCAUGCCUGUUGUUCGGGAAAAGCUGAUCAUCCAUAAAGAGAGAUGUUUCAGUGGUCUUUUACUUAUCCAGUUAAGUCUACAAGCUGGGAAACGAUGUUUGUAUUCUUUAAGUACAAAAUGUUGACACGGGAAUUUUAAUUGGGCCCCUGUGUCCUCUCUGUGUCCAGUGACUGAUUGAAACCUGAACACUUACCUUUAAACAGGAUUAAGGCAGUUUCUUCCAAAACGUAAAACUUCAUUAUCUAUUGGUUGUGAAGAAGAGGAGUUGCAGAACAUUACAAUCAAUAGGUCUAGAGAAACUGAGACUGGUGCUUGAGCUGAAGUACUAACCAGUUUCUCUUCAGAUGAGAAACUGUUAGGACAGUGCUGCCAUGCAGAUGUUUCAGCAUCAUUAUUAAUAUGAUUUAAGGAUGACAGUGGGCCAGUUUGGACCUCACAAGCUGCGGCAACGAACAGUACUUAAGAUCUCAGUUAAGUAAUGUGUGGCUCAUCACCCAACCUUUGGGGUACUUUGAGAUAUAUUAUUUGUCUCUAUGGUCAAAAUUAUGUCCUGUUGUCUUUUCAAACAUUUAAGGUCCCAUCAUUUUAUUCCUAAGAAUUACUGUGUAUAAGACUAGGUCUUUUUCCUAAAAAAUAAUGUCAAAAAUUAGGGGGACGUCUUAUAGAUGGGAAAAAACGAGAUUAGAUAGAUAGAUAGAUAUUGCUUGUAAGGAACUUUAUUGGAAAACCUCUAAACACAUAUGGUCUUUUAUGGACAGACCAGAACUUCUUUUGAAAUGACUGAAGCAUCUGGAAAAUAAAUUAAAAAUGGUUAUUAUUAACAAGAAUAUAAAUGUUAGACAGUGUGCUAGUGUAAUCAUCAAUAUGACAAUUAGCUUUGUAUCUUACUUUCUCCUUGUUGUUGUUACUUUUUAAAUAUUUAUCUUUAUAAAUAAAUAAACAACAUAAAAACAAUUUUCUCCUCAAAGCUUAACAUAGUGAGGGAGAAUGUAACAGACUCUGAUGAAACAAUUGCUCUGUAAAAACUACCGUAAUUUAAGCAGUGCACACUUGAAGAUUAAGAGCAGUUUUCUCCCAGGAUCCAAGCUUGUAUCCCUGAUGACACACGUUUCUAUUUAGAAGUACUAAUAUGUUUUGCAAUCUACUCAUUGACAUUUUUCUCUAGAUCUUUUGUAGAUUCUCGUGUUCAGCCAAUAUAUGGUGGUACUAAUGAAAUAAUGAAAGAGCUCAUUGCUAGAGAUAUCGUGAUCGACAAAUAGGCAUCUAUUUAUACUAACGGAUAGUUCCAGAUCCCAUUUCCACUGAUAAGGAAUUACAUUGUGCCAAAAAUAAAAAUAAGGAGACAGUAUGGGUCUAAUUGAAGAAGAAAUAGCAGCAAAAGCCUGUUUAGACAUUAACAAUAAAAAUGUUUGUUUUUGUUGAUCUCCAGUGUUUAACUUAGAAUAACUGUUUAUGAUUUAUUUCUCUUAUGAUUUAACUCCCCAAAUGCAAAAAACUCUUACAAGUAUUUGGACUACAAGCACAAAAUUCAUGAUGUCAUCUAAAGCUGAAUUAUUUAAAACCUAAUGCAAUUCUUUUCUGUUCUGUUCUGUUGGAGGAUGAUGUGAAAAAUUUCUACUGCAGAAACUGUAAAGCUCUUUGGAAAUAAAUGUAGGCCCAUUUCUGACAAAAAAGAAAUAAAUAUAGCUCUCUAAUGAUCUGAAUGGGUAUGCUUCUCUAUAAGCAAAGAAGACAACGGGUGGGCAGUUAAUCUUCUAACAUUACAGAUGAUUGCACAAAAAGAGUGCCAUUUGUAUGCAGCCUAAAGUGCCUUCCAACAUGUAACUGUAUUUUGUAUAUGACAAUAAAAGAAAAAACUUAUAUAAUAGUAAUAUCAUAGUCCAGUAAUAUCUUUGAUAUCUUUUGAGUCAACAGCUUGAAAGUAUCAUGAUACCUGAGGUGCUCCAAACUGUACUGCAAGAUGUGACACACUGGGUGUGCAACAUGACACCUAUUAAAUGUGGCAAUAGCUUAAAUAACUUCAGAGACCUGGUACCUAGCCAUCAAUUAAAUCAGGGGUUGCCAACCUUUUGAGGCCCCUGUGCACAUUUGCAAACUGGAGAAAUGAUCAUGGGCGCUACCCAAAAUUUGCAAUCAAGCACAUAACCCUCCUAUUUGAUUGGUUAAAACAGAAUACUUCUUUGGAGUCUAAUUUCAAUGGAGGAAAGGGACUCAGUGGGUGCCAUGGAACGAUUGGAAGGCUUGCUGAUUGGAAGGUCGGCAGUUUGAAUCCCCACGACGGGGUGAGCUCCUGUUGUUCGGUCCCAGCUCCUGCCAACCUAGCAGUUUGAAAGCACGUCCAAGUGCAAGUAGAUAAAUAGGUACCGCUGCGGCGGGAAGGUAAAUGGCAUCUCUGUGCACUGCUCUGGUUUCGCCAGAAGCGGCUUAGUCAUGCUGGCCACAUGACCCGGAAGCUGUACGCCGGCUCCCUUGGCCAGUAAAGCGAGAUGAGCACCGCAACCCCAGAGUCGUUCGCGAGUGGACUUAAUGGUCAGCGGUCCCUUUACCUGUAUGCAAAGAUUGCAUGGGUCUAAGAGUCUCUUACAUUGACUUUCAUUGCCAUUUUGCUCUCUUCUCCCCUGUAACCUUAUUCGUAGUCCUAUGUGAACAGACUUACAUGGAAGUUACGCUUCUUUGAGCUCAGUUCUAGGGGAGGAGGGAGGGGUUGCAGCCUCAGAAGAAAGCUUGGGGACAGAUGCUGCUUUGUUGUGAAAUAAAUGGUUGGUUGUGCUCAAAGACUGUUGAGUUUGUAAGGAGUUGCCAUCUUUAAGCUUUAUUCUUAGAACAAGUGCUGUGAUUUGAGUGAUAUCUCCAGGAAACACACACACAAUUUAUGCAGGAGAGCUUUAAACCGUAGAGCAUAAAACUCUUAACCUCAGGGUCCUGGUUUCGAGCCCCACGUUGGGCAAAACAUUCCUGCAUUGCAGGAGGUUGAACCAGAUGGCCCUCGUGGUCCCUUCCAAGUCCACAAUGCUAUUGAUAACACACACACUCCUGGAAGUCGACCCACCGCCCACGCCGCCUCAUUUGCAUAGGCCCGCCCACCGGCCCUCCGGAUUGGCCGGCCGACUCCCGCGGGAGCCCCGCCCACCCCGCCUAAACUACCGCCCGCGCGCGGCCGCUCGGGCUGCUGAGGCAGCUUGGCUCGGGAGCGCAGGGCGGGCGGCUGUUGGGAAAGGCGGCGCCGCCGCCGCGAGUGCGAGAGACGGGCAGAAGAGAAGCGGCGGCGGGAGAGGAAAGCGCGAGUCCCUCUGAGGAGAAGUUCGCCGGGCUGCGCGGCGGGGGGAGCGGAGGAGGCGGCCGGGGAACAGACCGAAGUUGGCAGGCAAGUCCGGGCGGAGGGGGAGGGGGAUCGCGACGGUUCCCCUGAGGGGCGUCGGGAGAGGCGGUUGGCUUCAUGCCGAAGCAGGGGCUCCUUGGUGGCGCGCGGGCGACUCGCCUCCCCUCAGGCGAACUGGCCGAGUUCUCCGCAGCGCCCUCCCUAACGGCAGUGGAGCGGCGAAGGGGUGGGAUUUGGGAGAGUGAUGGGGUGGCGGCCAAUGGGGAGGAGCGCGGCGGGGGCGUUGGAAUGCGAGGGGAGGGGAGCGGAAAGUAGAUGCUCGCGCGCCCCGGCGGAGGGAGGGGGGUGGCGUGACGUGGAGCCGUGGGGGCGGAGCCAGCGCCCCAGCCGGGUGUAUCGGGAAAGGAUGGGACAAGCUUCUCAGGAAGCCCCGAAGGAGGGUCGGGGAGCAGCUGCGUGGCUCUGCGGGACAAAGCCCCGAAAGACCGGAAAUGGGAACUUUUGCCUAAUACUGGUAUGGGGAGGGGGCAACUACCGCAUUUGUCUGUCUUUUUUACUCACACUUAAAUGCUGUUUUAGAUAUGAGUGAUGCCUGUGAAUCCAGAUAUAUCGCCUCCUUUAGCAUUACUUCAGCUUUGCACUUUCCAACACAGUUCGUUCCCUCAUGGGGAAGUACCUAGGUAUAUUAGUUGCUGGAGAGUACUGGUAUAGAAUUGGGACGCGGGUGGCUCUGUGGGUUAAACCACAGAGCCUAGGACUUGCCGAUCAGAAGGUUGGCAGUUCGAAUCCCCGCGACGGGGUGAGCUCCCGUUGCUCUGUCCCAGCUCCUGCCUACCUAGCAGUUCAAAAGCAUGCCAGUGCAAGUAGAUGAAUAGGUACCACUCCGGCAGGAAGGUUAACAGCGUUUCUGUGUGCUGCUCUGGUUCACCAGAAGCGGCUUAGUCAUGCUGGCCACAUGACCCGGAAGCUGUACACUGGCUCCCUUGGCCAGUAAAGCGAGAUGAGCGCCACAACCCCAGAGUCGGCCACAACUAGACCUAAUGGUCAGGGGUCCCUUUACCUUUACUGGUAUAGAGUUCUGUUGCACUUGCCCUGCUUGCAGGCUUCUCAAAGGCAUCUGGUUGGCCACUGUGAGAGCAAGAUCUGUGGCAAACUUUGUGUUUUGAAAUUUCAGUGCCCAGUGUGGGUGAACCAGGCGUACUCCCAUAAAUCUGCCUCUGGUUAGAUGGGCCUUGGGCCUGAUCCAGCAGGGCUUUCCUUGCAUUCUUAUAACAGUCAGACUGGAUGGGACAAUGGCAGACAUUCAGCUGCUACCACAGCCCUGUGCAUUCGGACGGGCCGUUUAAAGUGUUAUUACUUGCAGGUGGUAAUGGUGAGCAUGCCUUAUUAUACCUAGGAAAUGGAGUUAAUGAAAGCCACAUUGAUAAAUAUUUAUGGACUGCUAUUGAGUGAAUGGAAAUUACUGCUUCAUAUGUAAAUGUAUGUAACUUGGCUUGCUGCCAAACCUUUAGCCUUGCAGAUAAAAAUUGGUACAAAAGACCAGGAUAGAAAUAUCGUCCACAGUUCCUACAGUCAUGUGGGUAGCUUGCUGGACUUGCCACUCAAGAUUUUCUGAUAUAAGAUGAAUUAGUAAUACCUUCCAACGUGGUAGCUAACUGUAUUGAAAGGUUGCAGUGUUUGAGACUUAUUAGUUUAGAUUAGGGCUUGUCCACACUUCCACUUGUCCCUCCUCUUCCCCCUUGUUUACCACUGAAUUGGAAUAAAUGUCAGGUUUUCUGCGGAUUGACAUUGAUAGUGGUAGCUCGGGUUAGGAACUUAAUUCGUUCUGGAGGUCCGUUCGUAACCUGAAACAGUUCUUAACCUCAGGUACCACUUUAGCUAAUGGGGCCUCCCACUGCUGCUGCGCCGCCAGAGCACGAUUUCUGUUCUCAUCCUGAAGCAAAGUUCUUAACCCGAGAUACUAUUUCUGAGCUAGCAGAGUCUGUAACCUGAAGCGCCUGUAACCCGAGGUGCCACUGUAUUCUGAUUCAGCGGUAAAGGGUGGGUUUUCCCGAGGAAAGUGGUGGGGCAAACAGAAAGCCACUCAGACUUGUUUUUCUCCUCCGCUUAUAACACUAGAACUUGUACAAAUUCAAUGAAGCUGAAUAUUGUAAGAUUUAGGACAGACAAAAGGCAGGACUUAUUCAUGCAGCACAUAGUUGGAAGUAUAGCAUUUGCUCCCCUGUGAGGCAGUGAUGGUGACCAACUUGGAUGGCUUAAAAAGAGGAUUAGACAAAAUUGUGGAAGAGAGGAGCUGUCAAUGACUAGUAGCCCUGAUGACACUGAUCUAUCUCCAUGGUCAGAGGCACUAAUGCUUCCGAAUACAUGUUGCUGGAAGCCACGGAAGGGAAGAGCGGUCUUGUGCUCAGAUGCUGCUUGCAGGUUUUCCACAUGCAUUUGGUUGGCCAUUGUGAGAACGGGGGUGCUGGACUAGAUGGGCCAUUGGCCUGAUCUAACAGACUACAGUGGUGCCUCGCAAGACGAAAAGAAUCCGUUCCGCGAGUCUCUUCGUCUUGCGGGUUUUUUCGUCUUGCGAAGCAAGCCCAUUAGAGGUUUAGCGGCUUAGUGCUACAGUAUUAGCGGCUUAGCCGGCUUAAAGAUCAGCUGAUAAGCGGCUUAACGAUCAGCUGAUAAGCGGCUUAAAGAUCAGCUGAUAAGCGGCUUAACGAUCAGCUGAUAAGCGGCUUAGCAUCAGCUGUUAAGCGGCUUAAAGGUCAGCUGAUAAGCGGCUUAGCAUCAGCUGUUAAGCGGCUUAAAGAUCAGCUGAUAAGCGGCUUAGCAUCAGCUGUUAAGCGGCUUAAAGAUCAGCUGAUAAGCGGCUUAGCCAUCAGCUGAUAAGCGGUUUAGCGGCUUGGGAAAAAGGGGGGGGGGAAACCCCGCAGGAACUUGCAAGACAUUUUCGUCUUGCAAAGCAAGCACAUAGGAAAUUCGUUUUGCGAAGCACCUCCAAAACGGAAAACCCUUUCGUCUAGCGGGUUUUCCGUCUUGCGAGGCAUUCGUCUUGCGGGGCACCACUGUAUUCUUAUGUUCGACCAUUGGUUCAAUGUGUUUAAGUUCUGUGAUGGAUGGCAGCACCUCUCCAAUACUUAAUGUAACUUUUCCAGGUUAAUACUUGAGAUCUUCAACUGAAAUUCGGUGAACUGGAUGUGUUCUAUAUGCAAACUUGCCCUUUACCACAUUAAGCUGCUCUUUGUCAAAUAAGUAUAUUUUUGAUUAAAUGACAUGGUUUUGUUUAUCUGGUAGUUAAAGCAGUACAACAGCUGGGGUAGAGGACCUUAUGCUCUUCAGCACUUCCUUAUGCUCUCCAGCACUUCCCUUUUAUAAUUGUCAGCCUCCUCUGGAGGAGAGAUGAGGGAGCCAAGUUUGAAUCACAAAUGGACUUAUCCACCCAGGGGUCGUUUACCUUUACAAUGUAGCCUGGUGAGAAGACCCCAUCCCCUUUGCUCUGUACUAACAAAUUGUAUAAACUAUUUCUUUAUAACAUUGCAUUUUUUUCUUUGAUUGUUGAGUUGUUGACUUUUGUCCUAUUUGAAUAUUGUCCUCUUUGAAUAUUGAUAUUCUGUUUAGUAAGAGAGAAAUCUAUGAAGGCAUGCAGAUGGGAUUUAUAUUUGCUCUUUCAUAGAAUCAUAGAGUUGGAAGAGACCACGAGGGCCAUCGAGUCCAACCCCCUGCCAAGCAGGAAACACCAUCAGAGCACUCCUGACAUAUGGUUGUCAAGCCUCUACUUAAAGACCUCCAAAGAAGGAGACUCCACCACACUCCUCGGCAGCAAAUUCCACUGUCAAACAGCUCUUACUGUCAGGAAGUUCUUCCUAAUGUUUAGGUGGAAUCUUCUUUCUUGUAGUUUGGAUCCAUUGCUCCGUGUCCGCUUCUCUGGAGCAGCAGAAAACAACCUUUCUCCCUCCUCUAUGUGACAUCCUUUUAUAUAUUUGAACAUGGCUAUCAUAUCACCCCUUAACCUCCUCUUCUCCAGGCUAAACAUGCCCAGCUCCCUUAGCCGUUCCUGUUAAGGCAUCGUUUCCAGGCCUUUGACCAUUUUGGUUGCCCUCCUCUGGACACGUUCCAGUUUGUCAGUGUCCUUCUUGAACUGUGGUGCCCAGAACUGGACACAGUACUCCAGGUGAGGUCUGACCAGAGCAGAAUACAGUGGCACUAUUACUUCCCUUGAUCUAGAUGCUAUACUCCUAUUGAUGCAGCCCAGAAUUGCAUUGGCUUUUUUAGCUGCCGCGUCACACUGUUGGCUCAUGUCAAGUUUGUGGUCAACCAAGACUCCUAGAUCCUUUUCACAUGUACUGCUCUCAAGCCAGGUAUCACCCAUCUUGUAUUUGUGCCUCACAUCUGCCAGUUCUUUUAAUACUCUUGGAUGCAGUUCAUCUGGCCCUGGAGACUUGAAUACAUCUAAACUAGCCAAGUAUUCUUGUACUAUCUCCUUAGUUAUUCUGGGCUGUGUUUCCUUUGCUGAAUCAUUUGCUUCAAAUUCUUCAGGUCGGGCAUUGUUUUCUUUAUCGGAGAAGACUGAGGCAAAGAAGGCAUUGAGGAGUUCAGCCCUUUCUGUGUCCCCUGUUUGCAUUUCACCAUCUUCUCCUCUGAGUGACCCCACUGUUUCUUUGUUCUUCCUUUUGCUACGAACAUACCCAAAACCGCCUUGUUUGUUGCUUUUAACCUCUCUCCCAAGCCUGAGUUCAUUCUGCGCUUUCGCUUUUCUGACUUUGUGUCUACACGUGCUGGCUAUUUGUUUGAAUUCCUCUUUGGUGGUUUCCCCCUUUUCCAUUUUUUGUACACAUCCUUUUUUAAUCUUAACUCAGUUAAAAGUUCUUUAGAUAGCCACCCUGGCUUCUUUAGGCACCUUCCAUGUUUCCAUCUCAUUGGUAUUGCCUGACGUUGUGCUUUUACUAUCUCCCUCUUAACACACUCCCAGCCAUCAUGAACUCCCUUUCCUUUUAGUAUUACUGUCCAUGGGAUCUCACCCAGCACUUCCCUAAGUUUUAUGAAGUCGGCUUUCUUAAAGUCAAGAAAUUGAGUCCUAGUAUGCUUGGCUGCUCCUUUCCGCUGUAUAGUAAACUUCAGAAGAGCAUGAUCACUCGCGCCUAAUGAUCUUUCCACUUCUACCCCACUAACCAGGUCAUCAACAUUGGUUAGGACCAGAUCUAAAAUGGCUGUUCCUCUUGUUGCUUCUCCCACUUUCUGGACAAUGAAGUUGUCUGCAAGGCCAUUGAGGAAUCUGUUUGACCUUAUGCUCUUGGCUGAGUUUGACAUCCAACAAAUAUCCGGGUAAUUGAAGUCCCCCAUUACUACUAUCUCCCUUCCUUUUGCAUGCUUGGCCAUCUGUUCCAGGAAGGCAUCAUCUAUGUCCUCCGUUUGGCUUGGGGAUCUAUAGUAAACUCCCACAAUGAGGUCACUGUUAUUCUUCUCUCCCUUAAUUUUGACCCAAAUGCUCUCACUUUGGCUUUGAGGUUCUAAAUCUUGGAUCUCUUCACAGGUAUACACAUCCCUGACAUAUAACGCCACUCCUCCUCCUUUCUUGUCUGGUCUGUUUCUCUGAAAGAGAUUGUAUCCCUCCAUUACAUUCCAAUCGUGGGACUUAUCCCACCAGGUUUCAGUGAUGCCUAUUAUGUCAUAUUUAGUUUGCUGUACCAAGAGCUCAAGCUCAUCUUGUUUAUUUCCCAUGCUUUGCACAUUAGUGUACAGACAUUGAAGUCCAUUCUAUUCGCAGCAUUUGUAGAUUUUAAAGCAGCCUUUGACUCCAUCUCAAGACCCCGACUCUGGGACAAACUCAACAAAUCAUCCAUAGACCGACGUCUUCUGCUAUUAAUAUCCAAACUGUACAACAACACACGACUUCAUAUAAGAUGUAGCCAAGAAGGUCAACUCUCUAAUUCCAUUAGAACAACAAAGGGAGUUAAACAAGGAUGCAUCUUGGCCCCCUUUUUGUUCAACAUCUAUAUAAACUCCCUAACAGACCACCUACAAGGAGCGGAUACACACGCCCCAAAAUUAGCAGAUCAAAAACUGCCUAUCCUACUCUAUGCAGACGAUGCGGUUAUACUGUCCCAGACUCAGAAGGGCCUUAAAAGAGCUUUUAACAGCUUAUCCCAAUAUUGUAGAGAAGAGAAACUAGUAGUGAACUACCAAAAAACAAAAAUCAUGGUUUUCUGUAACAAAAGAAAAAUAUAUAGAUGGAAAUUAGACAAUCAGGAGAUUGAACAAGUGACAUGCUUUAAAUACCUAGGAGUUAUAUUCCAAGCAUCAAGGAAGAAAACUGCCCACAUAAAUUACAGUUCCUCUACAGCACAAAAAGGUACAAUAGCAAUUCUAAGAUACCAUCGUACAAUGGGGGGAAAUUUUAUUCCUGCCACAAUUAAACUAUUCGCUGCAAAACCAACAGCACAAAUACUAUACGGCGCACCACUCGUCUCCCUCUCCAAUCUAGACCCAUACGAAAAGAUACAAUCAGGUUUCCUUAGAUCACUCCUGCAAACACCUAAAUGCGUCCCUAACGCCGCCCUACGACGGGAAGCGGGCUUAUACAGCAUCAAAAGCAAAGUAUGGAUAAGAACCUUAUGCACUUGGCUAAGACUUAACAACUCGCCGGUUGGACUACUUUCCCUGAUGCUUCUUGACAAAUUCCAAUCUAGUUGGCUGAAGGGCACUCUCAGAAAAUUGGCCACAUAUGGUCUCUCCCCAGAGUAUUUAUUAAGUUUAGAAAGGGGAAGGGCCAAGAAUAUAAUCAAAGAAAGACUCAGGGACAUUGAAGCCCAAAAUGACUUUAGUCAACUUCCGAUAACUCAUAAAUUCCUAUUCGAUUCCCAAAGCCCCCAUCUAGCAAACUAUCUCAAAGUUCUACAUAAUGCUAAACACCGAUGGGCAUUUACCAGGGCCCGCUUUAACGCUCUCCCUUCAGCUCUUCUAGAGGGAAGAUACAACAAAAUACCGAUCGAACAAAGAUCAUGUCCCUGUAACAGCAACGAAAUUGAAACCAUCGGGCAUGUCAUCUUAUAUUGCCCAUUAUAUCGAGACUCAAGAAAAGACCUGAUCGAGCCGAUUCUGAGGAAAAUACCUCGUAGUACAGACGACACCUAUAUCAGACACCUCUUAGCUGACAAAGACCCCGAAAUCAACAGGCCAGUGGCGAAGUACUGUUACAUUGCAACAAGAAUAAGACGAGCAAUGAUGACAGCAACGGAGUUCAAAUUGCAAACAUCGAAGGAACGAUAAUAAACAGUAGUGACAUUUGAAUUGAAUCCUUAAAACCUUAAAAGUCGAAACCUGGUCAUAAACAUAAGUACCAAUUUUGUGAUUUGGCCAUAUGUCCACUGUUAUCUGUAGUACAAUAGUACUUAUAUUGCCAUAUUUUAUUUUAUAAAUUGCUUGCUGGUCAUUGACCGUAUUAAAGAUAUUUGAAUUUGAAUUGAAGUCCAUUAAUCAUUCCCCCGUGUCUCUUAUUUAAGGAUUUUUUCCUCCCACCACUAGGUCUGCGUGCUGUUUGCUCCAUUUGGUCUAUGACAUUUGGAUGAUCAUCUUCAUCAAUUGAUAGACUCCUACCUUCAGGAGCACUGUCUCCCUCCCCCAGCUUAAAGCCCUCCUGAUGAGGUUUCUGAGAUUCCUGGCAAAAGCAUUCCUCCCAACCGUUGUGAGGUGCAGCCCAUCGCUUGCCAGAAGUCCAUUUUCAAGAAACUGCAGUCCGUGAUCUAAGAAUCCAAACCAUUCCUGUUUACACCAUUUGCGAAGCCAGCUGUUCACUUCCACUAUUUUUUCCUCUCUCCCUGGGCCACGUCGUUCAACUGGGAGGACAGAUGAGAUCACAAUUUGUGCAUUUAAUUGCUUCAAUUUCCUGCCCAGAGCCUCGUAGUCUCUUUUGAUCUUCUGGAGGCUAUUGCUUGCAGUGUCAUUGGUUCCCACAUGAACCAAGAGGAAGGGGUAUUUGUCAGUGGGUUUUAUGAUUCCUUGCAGUCGUUCAGCUACAUCUUGGAUCUUAGCCCGGGAGACAGCACACUUCCCGAGACAUCUUGUCAGGCCCACAGAUCACUGCUUCUGUUCCCCUCAGUAGGGAAUCCCCUAUCACCACUACACGCCUCCUCUUAGGUUUGGUCGGGGUUCUUCUGUGAGCUGUCCGUUCCAAGGUCGCCUGCACAUUCCCUGAGGACUGACUUUGCUGCUCAUCUUCAUAUACCUGAUCGACUGUAAUGAGGAGAGAUCCUCAAAUGGAGUCUGCUCUUCGUCUUCCAUGCUAGGGAGAGGACCUCAAAGCGAUUGUGUAUUUCUAAACAAUCAGAGCGAACCCUGGGCCUCCUACUUCUUUGAGUCACGUUUCUCCAUAUAUCUGGCUCCUGUGUUGGUGAACUAGCCUCCUUCUCAGGGAGUCCCCUGUCUCCUCCUUGGUGGAGACAGUGUGCUCUGUUGCUUCCAAGAAGAGCUCCAGCUCUCUAAUUCUUUGGAGCGUAGCUACACGUUCCUCCAGUUGCUGGACUUUGUCUUCUAAGAGGGCAAUCAACAUGCAAUUGCUGCAGGUAAAGCUGCCUGCAACCUUUGGCAAGAUGGCAAACAUUGCGCAGGAACCGCAGGCGACUGCAGCUGUUCCCUCCCCCUCCAUCUUGAGAACGUGUCGUUGGGGGUGGCUACAGCGGUCCGCCAUCAUAAAAAGCGUGAAGACAGGACAAAUAACUCCCCACACAAAAAAAUCCCAAAAAACCUAGGUCUCCCCCAACAAACGUUUGAGACUAGCUCCCCUAAAUCUAAAAGAUGGAUCAAACUGCGCUCGCCGCUGCCCUGCAAGCUCUGAUAAGCUCCUCCCACAGCUAAUCACCUGCCUCAACAGAAACUCUGCCCCCUCUGACCUUUGCACAGGGAGAGCAGCGAAUCAGCCACAAAGAAACACACACACACAAGAAAACGCUUUUUGCUCCUUCAACUGCUGCCCUGCAAGCUCUGAUAAGCUCCUCCCACAGCUAAUCACCUGUCUCAACAGAAACCCUGCCCCCUCUCAAUAUCUGUUGAUAUUUCAGUAUCUGUUAAUUGGACAAAAUAAUGUUUUUAUGGAAACACAUUGAAACUGCUAGUCUUGAGGGAGUCAUUUUCUACAAAGCAUUUAUGGUAGUGUUCUUAAUCUGUUGAGUAUAUCUAUGAAGUGUUAGUUACUGAAAUAAAGAUGACUCUGAGCUGUGUCAAUAACUGUGUGAUAAAUCUGAAGUGUUCAAAUCUCUUAGUGGAGCUCUGUUGUGAAGCUGUAAAUUUAUUUCUUUUAAUGCUAUUGUCACAAACGUAUUUAGAUUUGAAUUUGAACUAAUAUAUGUACGAUCAAAAGGUCGGCGGUUCGAAUCCCCGCGGCGGGAUGAGCUCCCGUCGUUCGGUCCCAGCUCCUGCCUACCUAGCAGUUCGAAAGCACCCCUAAGUGCAAGUAGAUAAAUAGGGACCGCUUUCUAGUGGGAAGGUAAACAGCGUUUCCAUGUAUGGCGUUGGUGCUGGCUCGCCAGAUGCAGCUUAGUCAUGCUGGCCACGUGACCCGGAAGUGUCUUCGGACAGCGCCGGCUCCCGGCCUCUUGAGCGAGUUGAGCACGCAACCCUAGAGUCAGUCACGACUGUCCCUGAUGGGCAGGGGUACCUUUAAGUUUACCUUUAUGCACAUACUUGUCUACCUUAUGCAUUUUAAUCUAUCGUGGUACCUCUGGUUGCAGACAGGAUCCGUUUUGGAGGUCUGGCUGGAUCUCGAGGUUUUCGCAGCUGGAGGACCACUUCUGCGCAUGCACGCGCAGCAAAACCCGGUAAAACACUUCUGGGUUUGCUGCUUACGUAUCCUGAAGUUUAUGUAACCAUAGGGUUACGUAAGCGGAGGUACUACUGUAUUUUGGUAGUCUCUUGGUUUACUCACUGUGAUUAUCAGUGUAAAGUGAUAGGAGUUCAAAGUUAAACUUUCAUUAUUCUGUUUCUCUUUAUUGUUAACAGAUCAACAUAGUGAAAUAUUUAUACAUUGCGGCUGGCAAAUGUUUUGGGUAUGAACAAAAGUAGUCAUAUUGGAGUUUUUAAAAACAAUUCAAAGGCUAUGCAGGUAUUUCCUAGUUUUUGAAACCCUGCAGUUGUUUUCAGCAAAUCAGACAAUAUUUUUAAGGGUCUCACAGAAAACCAAUAAGGAGGCAAUCCUGUACAUAAGUAGUGGAGAACCUCCAGCCUCCAGACCUAAGUAAGUGCAGCAGCCCCCCCCCCCAUGUGACCUGUGAAGCUCUUUGGUCAAGCCACACCCACCUGCCCUCUGUCCAGUGUGACACACGCAAAGACAUAGGUUCUUGCUAAAGUGAAGAUUGUGCUGUCUUCAGCACUUGUAAAGCCAGAGGGUUUGGCAGACACUGACAACCAGCUGAUUGGUGGAACUUACAAAUUACUGUGUCUUAAAAAUAGGGGAAGAUGUUUCAUCUGACAUCACAAUUAUGUCAGAUGUUAAAGAGUUGGAUAGGCCCACAUGUCAAAAUGACUUGUGGAAAUCUGAGGACCUAAGGUCUUAACCAGCUGUAAAUGAUUCCCAGCCCCCGCUGUAUGUGCUUACCUGGGAGUAAGUCCCAUUGUGCUCAAAGGACUUAUGAUCUGAGGAGACAUGUAUAGGAUUUCACCAUUAAUUGCUAAUUAAAUGAUUUUUCAGGAUCAAAUAGUAAAAAAAAAGUUAAUUCUGAAGACAUAGAAUAGUUUGAAAACAAUAUUUUAUUGUACCUGAAGUUAUGUUUCAGUCACUGAAGUUAUUUCCUUUAAUUGAAUUAGUGUCUCUGGUAGCUUCCUAGAGAGCAUUUCAGAUACCACAUUUUAAUUUCAAACUUUUAGAUCUUCCUUUAAUUCAUGAUAUAUAUUUUUAAGGAAUGUUGACAACUGGUUUUGAGUCUUUUAAUUAUAGACUUGUAUUUAAUUGAUUGCUUUUCAAAAGUUUAAUAGUUUAAUUUUUACUUAAACUAUAUACUGUCAUUCAACAAAAAUUCUCAAAGUGGUUUCCAUAGUAAAAUUUAAGUAGCAAUUAAAACACAUUUUAUUUAAAGUUCUUUUUUAUAGUUUAUCUUCUGUUCCCUUUUUUGUACACACUGUUCUGUGAUGCAGCUUGUUAAAAUAUACAAAAAGGAAAAUAAACUGUGUUGGUUCAUAACAAAAAAUACACCUGAGUAACACCUUUAUUUGGACAAAUGAAUAUGUCGUAAACAUCAGUUUGGAUGGUAGGAGUGAGGAGACAAAGGCAGGCUUAUGUUGAAACUACCAAGCCUGAAUUUAGUGACUUCAAAAUCAAGCCACCUUUUAUCUCUCUUUCCCCUUUCCCCUUCUCAGCAUCUAGCCUGAUGAAGAAUUCUGGAGAACAGGAAAGCUUUGCUCACUAUUUUGUGACAUUCUGGUUGGUCCUAGUAAAGGCAUUGUGCACUGUGGAUAGUUAACAGAUGCCAGACUUUCCCUUAUUUUUUCCCUUACUGUAAAACAAAGUAAAAUGCUCUCCCUACCCCCAGCCUUUGAAGUACAGCAGCCAGAAAGUAAACAAAUUGCUAUAGCAAGAAAUUUCACAUGCUGUUUAUAUUUUAGGAAUUAGGAAAAUGUGGAGAGACAAACAAAAAGUGAUAAACUGUUAGGCAAGAUUAAAUAUAUGAGGAUAGGAAACUGUUCAAUCUGGAACAUUAAAAAUAAAAACAUUGGAGAGAAAAAUAUAAUGGAUGUUUUUAUAGAACUCCUAUUUUUAAUUGGAUGACUUUUUAAAGAGGAAAAUUAGGAUAUGAAAACUGCAAAUAAUUAUUUUGUAUAAAAUUGAGAAUAAUGGGAACCAGCUUACAGAAAGAAUUACAGAUAUCCUCCUGGCUGUGAAACAAUGGUCUGGUUCAUAUGAUCCAAUCCUGAUUGAUUAAGCUUGGGUAUGCUUGAGCUUUGUGCACUUUCAUCAUGCUUUAAAGUUGUCUUCCUAAUCUUGAUUUGUUAGAAAGCCAUUAAAUGUAAUUUAUAAUUCACACAUAUUAGGGGUCUUUUUUGCCAUUCGUGCAAAUGAAGUAGUGAAUCAGCAGCAAAGGGAUUGCAUGGGCACGCAGCUCGUGUAUGUCUUUGCUUAUUGAUAAUGAAAAUAUGGGGGGAGGGGGGAAAUACCUGCAAACAGAACUGAUUUAUAUAUUUAAAACAGUAACAAGCAAAAGCAUACAUAGUUAUGGUUUCAACAUGGCCAGUAUUUUGGUGCACCUAAAAAUAUUACUACAGCCUUUGUUGUUGUGGCAGAUGUUCUGAAUUAGAUGUUUCCAUAGAUUCAUAGAACUAUAGAAUUGGAAGGGACCCUGAGGAUCAUCUAGUCCAACCCCCUGCAAUGCAGGAACACAGCUGUCCCAACUGAGCUAUCCAGGCACAUAAUCACGGAACAGUUGAUAAGAUUAUUUUAUUUUCUUAAAGAGCAGCUGCAAAUUAUAUCUGGAAUUUAUGGCACUGCAGAAGUGUAAAUUAACAGUAGAUAUCAAAACAAUAGUUUUAUUCAGUAUUUGCUUUUCUUACAGGUUGGGUGUAAACUGCUUACGACAGCUAUGACUCCUGCUCUUCAAGAGAAAGCAAUGAAAGGGCACGGUAUCUGCUUAUCAUCUUCCUUGUCUUCAAGAGUGAUGGAGUCCAAUGAUGCAUUAGGCAUGGGAAGUACCAGACCAGUAAAAGAGAAGAUGAAAGACGGAUCUGUCACAAAAAUUACUUGCUCCAUGCUGGGGUUCCCCAUUCCUCAAGCCAACCAUAGCACUGAUUGCUUUAACUUAAAAUACUUUGGUUCUCAGUCUUCUAAACACUAUCCAGUAUUAAUGAGCCCCAGUUCUACUUUCCAUGUGAACAAUAAAAACUGUGUGCAGAGGAACUCAGAAGAGCAUAGCUGCUCCAAAGUGAGAAAUCCAUUAUGUAACAGCACUAAUACACACUUCAGUCAAAUUAUUAAUUCAGAAUCUGGGGAGCAGGUCAGAGGGGAAACUUUAUUAGGAUCAACAAAGAACUUACCUGAAAUGGGAAAACUAUUUGAUUCAUGUUUAACUGAAUCCCACAAUGUAGAAGAAAGGCAGCUUCCUAACUGUAAAGGGUAUCAGAAGAAUGGCUUUUUGAGCAAGGCAUUAUUUAUUAAUCCUGAGACAAAAAAAGGAGACCUGUUCCAUCAAGUGUGUGAUGAUGCCCUGGAACCAAAAAUGAACUACAAUCCCAGUACUAAAGAACAGGAAUUGAAUUUUCAUUUACUUCGGUGUGUAAGCAAGCAACAGGCUUUGCUCAGCCGGGCCAAAAGAAGUCAGAAACAUUUGCAAAUACUCUUGGCGAAGCAUGUUGUCAAACACUGUGACCAGCAGAUGAAAUGCUUUGUGAGACGCCAACUACAGAGAAUGAAAGCCUUUCAUGAUCCAUCCGGUGUUUUGGGUGGCAGCUAUCAUAGAUGCACCAACAUUAAAAUGGAAAACAUAGAGGCUAAUACAAGUAAAGAUAUACAGCGUGAUUUUGAUGUUUCAUCUGAUGAAAUCAAAGCGUUUGCUCGCUCAACAGCUGGACUCCUAUUUCAUGCGGAAGAGAGUUUGGAUUCUGAUGCCACUUGUAGCAGCUCAAGUGAAGAUGAUGAUGAGCAGAUUUCCAGAAAAGCUAUGUCAGUGUAGGUAUUAAAAGAAUUGCUGAACUUCUGUGCUACAAUCCUGCAUGCUCAAGUUCCAUGUAAAUCUGUGAUAUCUCUGUACAUAAAGGACAGAAGAUGUGAUAUGUUAAUGACAGGAUCUCCAAAUCUUUUAUUUUUGGAGUCAAUGUUGAUAAAGUUUACUGAUGUAAAUGGAACUGAUCAUAGCUUGUUAUACGAGUCAAAUUUUACAGUACAGGCAAUCCUUGCUUUGCAUGGGGGUUCUGUUCCAGACCCCCAUGUGCAUUGGCAGGGCCAGAGUAAAGCGUUCUGCCCCACCCCCGUUCCACUGUUUUAGUGAUCAGGUCACUUCUGGGUUUGGCACUGUUGGGAGUUGCCUGUACAAGCAGCAAAUUAGUGACACUAUUUCAGCACCAUUGAGAUGUGUUCCCUUUGGCUGGUAUCAACCAACUGUGUCAUAUUUUUACAUCCAUUGAAGUAGUUUUCCAAGGUGUUCCCAAACACAGCUCAUUAUAGUACAGUGGUGCCCCGCAAGACGAAUGCCUCGCAAGACGGAAAACUCGCUAGACGAAAGAGUUUUCCGUUUUGGAGGUGCCUCGCAAAACGAAUCUGCUAUGGGCUUGCUUCGCAAGACGAAACUGUCUUGCGAGUUCCUGGGUUUUUUUUUUCCUUUUCCCCCUCUUUUUCUAAGUCGCUAAGCCGCUUAUCUGCUUAUCUGAUAAGCUGAUAAGCCGCUAAAAGCCGCUAAUAGCGCUAAUAGCGCUAAUCCGCUAAUCCCGUCAAUGGGCUUGCUUCGCAAGACGAAAAAACCGCUAGACGAAGAGACUCCCAGAACGGAUUCUUUUCGUCUUGCAAGGCACCACUGUAGUCUAAAUGCAAAUCAUCUGGGAGUAUGGACAAAGGUGACAGCCUAUCUGUGCUUGAGGGCCUGUAGUUGGCUCACCAAGCUAAACUGGUGAAAGGCACUUCAUGCAGCUAUUAUGUCACGGUGCCGCUGUGGUUUAAACCACUUAGCCUCUUGGGCUUGCCGAUUGCAAGGUUGGCUGCUCGAAUCCGGGUGAUGGAGUGAGCUCCCGUUGCUCUGUCCAAACUCCAGCAAACCUAGCAGUUUGAAAGCAUACCAGCGCAAGUAGAUAAAUAGGUACUGCUUCAGUGAGAAGGUAAACGACAUUUCUGUGUGCUCUGGCUUCCAUCACGGUAUCCUGUUGCGCCAGAAGCAGUUUAGUCAUGCUGGCCACAUGACCCAGAAAAGCUGUCUGCAGACAAACACUGGCUCCCUCGGCCUUAAAGCAGAGAUGUGUGCCACACCUCAUAGUUAAAUUCGACUGGACUUGAUCCUCCAGGGGUCCUUUACCUUUUAUAUAUUUCAAGUCUGGAUUGCCAAUGUUACAUGGAUGGUUCUCUCUCUUAGGAUUUUAUUGGCUAACUUAUGCCAAUAAAGGCUAAAUGAAUGAAGGUACUUCAUGCCACAAAUGCCACUUGGACAUGGCCAUCCAAGUUCAUGUAAACCUGCUUAAGCCUUAGGGUCUGUAUCAAUUGCCUAUGUUCUCUAGGCAUUUGAUUUAUGGGAACCAGGAACAAGGCCUUCUCCGUAGUGGUACCAAAAUUAUGGACUUCAUGUUGCAUGUUUUCAGGCAUUUGAUCCACAUCUUGUUGGCCAACAGGAUGCUGGACUAGGUGGGCCAUUGAUUCAGCAGGCUCUUACUAUGUGCUAUAUAAUAAUAAUAAUAAUAAUAAUAAUUUAUUAUUACGGCUAUGUUUUCAACUCUGUGCAGAAAUCAGACUCAAUUCAGCUCUUUCUGUUUUUAGCAGAUGCUUCUAAAAGGCAUUUUAUGAUAUAUUCACUGCUGUUUUAACCUGUUAAAGGUACCCCUACCCGUACGGGCCAGUCGUGUCCGACUCUAGGGUUGUGCGCCCAUCUCACUUAAGAGGCCGGGGGCCAGCGCUGUCCGGAGACACUUCCGGGUCACGUGGCCAGCGUGAUGAAGCUGCUCUGGCGAGCCGGCACCAGCGCAGCACACGGAAACGCCAUUUACCUUCCCGCUAUAAAGCAGUCCCUAUUUAUCUACUUGCACUUAAGAGUGCUUUCGAACUGCUAGGUGGGCAGGAGCUGGGACUGAACGACGGGAGCUCACCCCGCCGCGGGGAUUCGAACCGCCGACCAUGCGAUCGGCAAGCCCUAGGCGCUGAGGUUUUACCCACAGCGCCACCCGCGUACCUGUUAACCUGUUAACCUGUUACCUGCUAGUUAUUGUAGCCCCAAAGGCUUCUUGUGAUAGCCUAAGGACUCUUUUGAGUUCUCUUUCUAAAAUAGUGAUUAUCUCUUCUAACCAAUGUUCUGUGUUCUUCCUAGUAACUAUAGAUCUGACUGGAAAUGGCUGGUAGACAGAGCUAAUGUUGGCUGUCGCUGGACAUGGCUUCAAGCCCAGAUUUCAGAGCUAGAAUACAAAAUCCAGCAACUCACUGACCUUCACAGGCAGAUUCGUGCCACCAAGGUAUUGUCAGUAAGGAAGAAAAAUGGGUUAUUGAAAUAAAAGAUUGAUAGAUGUUUUUUCUCUCUGUUCUGUGGUUUCUGGUAUCUAAGCAAAAGCCAUUAUGUAAAAUCUACAAAGGUCAAUGAAAUAGUAGGCUGAGUUUGAGUGUUGUGUUUGUUUGAAAGUAGGAUUGUGGUACAGAAUCCAUACUAAGAUUUGUAAUUUACUGGGUGGCCUUGGGCAAGUGACUGUUUCCCAGCUUAAUUUAUUUCAUUCUUAAAAAAAAAAAAAAAAAGGCGAGGGGUGAAAUCGAUCUUGUUUUGUUCUUGUAGUGAAGCUCUGCUGUGAAGUGUAGUCAUGGACUGGGAACAGUGAGAUGAGAGAGAGGUAGGGACUGGUAUGAGGAGGAUGAAGAGAGGGUGCUUCUUAUUUUGGUAGUUUGGAAACAAGUAAGUUGUGUGCAUUGGGAUGGACCAACCAAAACAUUGUCUAUAAGUCUCCAGUAUAAGUACAGUGAGGAAGCAAUAAUUAAUAGACAGGACUCCUCAAACACAGUCAUAAACAAUCGAUUAAAAUAAUUUUCAUCUUUUCUUGAAGUGUAACUAAACAGAAAAAACACAGAUAGGCCACAACUAUCUUUUCCCAAGGGGUGGAGAGCAUGGAAGCAGAGAGUUGUCGAGCGGUACCAGCAAUCUGAGUCUUGGUUUUUUAGUGAUACCUGGUUCCUUGUAGAUUAAUCUUAUGGAAAUAAAGAAAAUAGCUGUUGUGGGCAAGUGAAAGUAGAUCUUUAUCCCCCCCCCCCCCAAUAAUUUGUAUUGGUUUUCAUGUAAAUACAAGAACAACAUAUAACUACAAUUAACUUGUCCAGUGGCACAGUCUUAUUAAGUUUCAUAUGCAGUACACAGUACACAAGCAAUAAGUUUUUUUAUGCAUUGUCAAUUCAAGUAUCCUCUCCACAGUGGAAAGCAGAUCUUUAUGCAUAUAUUGAAUUGCCUGGUGAUUAAACUAUCUUUUUGAAAAAAAUUGAUUGUGCACUCUGCAUGAUGAUUGAGUUCUUUAUAUAAGGUAAUCCAAUAAAGAUCAUGCUUGGUAAUCUAGAGGGACAGAUUUAAUUUAUUUUUUAAAAUUAAAUCAAAUCUUUGUUACAGUCAAUGACCAGCAUUAAGGAAACAAGAUAAAAGGCACAUAGAAUGCACUAUCAAAAUGUGUAUAAUAAAGAAAAGGCUGGUACUCGUCAAUCCAGCAUCUCUUCUCAGAGAGCUGGAAAUCCAAGACCUCAGCACAUUGUAAAACCUGGCGAGGCUCAUAUGUAUGCAGGCAGGCAGGCCUGCAGAUAAUCUGUUUUGCAAACUAACACUGUCCCAGAAACGAACAAGUUGCCAAUAUGUGUUCCAAAUUGUUGACCAUAUAAGCCUUCUAGCUGCACCUUUUGUACCAAUUGUCUUCAAAGGCAUUUCCAUAUGGAGCAAACGACAGUAAUCCAGUCAGUUGUGAACAGAAGAUGUGUCACUGAUGCAAAUCUUGUUUUUUAUUAUUUAUUGCAUUUAUAUCCUCCUCUUCAAGGAGCUUGGUUGUGUGAGGUAGGUUAGGCUGAGAGGAGGUGACUGCCUCGCAGUGAGAUUAAUGUUUGAGUGGGGAUGAGUGGGCUGAUUUACAGCAACUUGCAGGUCUGAUUGCUGAAUCAUAGUUAGUGUUUGGGCAGCAUCACAUCUACACUGGCCCUCAGGAUGUUUCAUUUAGUAGAUGAAACUAGAAAAUGAUACAACAAUCAAUACAUAGAUUUGUAUGCCAAAUUUUUGAACUGGAGCAGAAAAUCGCUAUAAUGUUAGCUGCUUGCAAAAAUUGAAGUUGCAGCUUUAUUGUCAUGUGAGAUUAUUCACCUUGUCUGUAUACAGAUCACACUUUGAGCUCUAAAUCAUUAAAGUGUUUCAGGGGGCUGCAGCAGUUUGAGAGAUUACAUUUGUUACACAAUUGUGUUCUAUUGCUGUUGUCUAGGGAAUGGUGAUCCUAGAAGAAUUUCCAAAUCCAAAGGAAUUCUUGAAGAAACGAACACAAUUGAUGGACCAUGAAGCUUUAUUAAACACCACAGGGAAUUCACAUGCUUCCCUUGAGAGGCAGGAUGCUUGGCCGGAACAUGAUUUCGAAAUGUCACCCAGCAGUCCAACUCUGCUUCUCCGCAACAUAGAAAAACAGGUAUUCAAGUGAGAGUGAGCAUCAGAUAGAAUUAGAUAAUUUGUAGCAAAACACAGGUACACUGUAAUAGCUUAUUAAUAAAACAAAGUUCCAUAUUUCUGUAAGCAUGAUCUGCAUAAGUUGCAGGAAGUGGGAGAUUGUGUAGUGGUUUUUGUACACUCAGAAGGCAUCUUGGAAGCUGUAGUGUUAGACUUGGUUUGGCAGGUCUUAAUUCAGAAAUUUACUUGUGAAAUUCACAUUGUCCAGUAACAGUGUCUCCAUUUCAUCUCUCUGUUAUGAGGAUAAAAUGUGAUAUAUUUUAUGUAUGCUACUUGAGCACCUUUUAUGUCACCCAUCAGCAUGAUAAAGUCAAACAUUUCAGUUUCAGGCAGGAGGGCUGUGGAAAAAAGUCUUGGUUUUUCAUUUCCCUCCCUGACUUUUUCCCUUUCCCUUGAGCUUAGUAUUCAUAAUUAUAGUGUGAAGAUGCUGAUUGGAAGUGUCUGCAAAGUCCCUUGCACUGUGCUUUCCUGAGCACCAGCUGAUUGCUGGGUGCUUUAGAAGCACUGUGCUUUGAAUAUAAUCCUGAGUUCUUUAAACUAUUAUUUGCUAUGCAUUCAAUUCAAGGUUUUCCCUUUGAUUCUUCUUUCAGAGUGCUCAACUGAGUGAAAUAAUCAGCAGUCUGAUUACUCCUCUCAAUCUGUCUCCCACAUCAUCUCCUCUUUCCUCAAAGUCCUGUAAGCAGAAAGAGUUGGCCAAUGGCAUCUCUAUAAGGUACGUGACACUUUCAUGUAUUUCAUAAUAACUGGAUAUUUAGCAUUUGGGGGAAUGUAAUAUAAAAUGACAGUACAACUGUUGUUUAAAUAACAACAGUAUUAUUAUUUAAACAAACUUGCAGUAGUUUAGUAUUACAAGGCUGCAAUCCUACACACACUUGGGAGUAUUGCUGCAAUCCUAGCCCCCCCCCCAAAAUACCUGAGAGCCCCGCCCCCAUACCACUAGAACUUAAUUCUGAGUAGACAUAGCAUUGCAUGGUAAGUACUUUUAAACUCAGUAGGGCUUAUUUGUGAGGAGACAUGUAUAGGAUCAAUGUGUUUUUAAAAACUCCCUGUUUGAUAAUAAUGAGGAUGCUGUUCAGAAGAGGCUGACACAUGCUUUGAAAUACUGUAUAUGAAUUGCAUAGUGCAAUUACCAAGAUAAUAAAUAUAUUAUUUUAAUGUAAUAGUCUCCUUCUAUUGUAAUAAUGGUGAUAUAUGAUAAUGUAAAGCACAUUAAUACAACAAUAUAAAUCACGUUUAUAAAGUUAGUAAAACAAAAUAUAAAUGAAUUAAAACAAUAGACUUGGAAAAUAAGGUUGUUGUUCAGUCUUCUAAAAUCAAAAUAGUCAUUCUAUCAUGCAAUAGGAGAGGGUGAGAGAUGGGAUUUCAGUGCUUCUCCAUUGGUUCCUCUGAAGGAUCAGCAACUUUGGGCUCUUUUCCAAAUUGUUCCAUUCCAGCUGAACAUUACAAGAAUGCCGUAAGGAAGAACUAGUGUUUGAGCUUGUUUUCUUGCUAUGAAGUCCUUUUCCUUCUGUGCCAUGCCUUCUGGAAUGUAAGCCUGGGAGCAGGGACUGUUUUAUUCCUAAUACUUAUGAGCUGCUUUGGAAGCUUUUUUUUUUUUUGGCUGAAAAGUAAGAUAAAAAUGUGUUAAAUAGGGGGGCCACCAGGGGGCGCAUUGGAAGAUGGCCGACAGUAACAUCUCUCCGACUCACACGAGGUAAUUAAGAGGCUGAUAUGGGAGUAUGCAGCCUCCCUUGCCCCCCCAAGGGAAUGGGGGGGACUGCCUUGCCAGCUGUGUCCAUAAUUCACACCCCGGAUUCGAAAGAAGGGGGUGUGGGCACUUGGCACGAAGCCCUCGAGUGAGGCCGACUCUCCCGGACGCUGUCUCUAAUUCGCGCACUGGUUUGCAUUAGCUCGAAAAAUAUAAAAUUGGAAAUAUAUAAUUGGAAAGAAGCUAAUGCACAUACAUCAAGUGAAGAUCGGAAGUAAAGACUGCUGAUUAAUGGAUCUCUGUGAGCGGAGCGACGGGCUGAACAAUAAAUCAAGUGAAGAAUCAUCAUUAAAAGCCUGGUACGUUGGAGUGAAAUGGAAAGGGGGGGGAGGAAAAAACUUUUUUUAUCUUAUGUGAGUACCAAUAACCCUCCCCUCCAGAGAGAAGAAUCGUUGCAAAUUAUUAAUCACAAGCAGGAGAUCAAGAACUGUGUGGAAAUGAACUGGUAGAAACAUCGGGGUGGACUGGUAUGGAAAGUUUUAUGACGCAGUUACAAACGGUGUUUCGCUAAGACAGGCUUGCCUAUAGAAAGACGAGGGGGAGGAGGACCAGGGUCAUCAGAAUGUGAAUGUAUGAUUAUCGGAAUGUGAUCUUGACCUGGCAGUGCCCCCUGAGAUAUGUUUGGCAAGCCUGGGGAAAUCAACGGACAGACGGAGGGAAUGUUCUUUACGGAGGUGUGGAAAUGGCGUCUGUUCUUUAUGUGAUAUGAUUUUUGGAGAGUGUAAAACCCACACAGAGCAUGUUGUUUUCAACCCGCUUGUGAAGAUUAUCAGAGAUCGCAAAGAAAGGAAUAUAUGAUAACAACAAGAAGAUGAGGAAAGUAACAAAGAGACUAUCUGGACAGAACUGGAUAGAACUGUUUAAUUAAAGCAGCAACAUGAGUGAUGUUUGGACCCCUUUCGGAGCUUGAUGUAUGGGUACCCCCAACAAAAAUUUAAAAAUCUGGCUGUAUAAUUUGGAAUUAAUGUGAUUUGGAAUUAAUGUGAUUUGAUUGGCCUGUUAAUAAAAAUUAUAUUUUAAAAAAUGUGUUAAAUAAAACAUAAAUUAAUUUUUGUUAAUAAUGAUUAAAGAUUAUUGGAUUUAGAUGGUGGAGUAAUGAGAUUAGGUCGUAUUCUAAUGAGAUUAAGAAAUCUCAACUAAGAAGAUGAUUUCCCAUGUUUUUAAAAGCUAUUAUGGUCUGUCUUGAAUAAUAAACUGAGGGUGUCUCUUUAAUGGUUCAACUUCACUAGGGGUCAGGUCUCAUUUCUUUGCCACUGAUACUUCCCUAUGCUGUUUUUCUUGGGAAUAUUCAUGUUCACAGUUUAUUGCUUGCAGCAGGUACCUCUGUGAAAGUACAGUGGUACCUUGGGUUAAGUACUUAAUUCGUUCUGGAGGUCCGUUCUUAACCUGAAACUGUUCUUAACCUGAAGCACCACUUUAGCUAAUGGGGCCUCCUGCUGCCGCUGCACCACUGGAGCACAAUUUCUGUUCUCAUCCUGAAGCAAAGUUCUUAACCCAAGGUACUAUUUCUGGGUUAGCGGGAGUCUGUAACCUGAAGCGUAUGUAAUCUGAAGUGUAUGUAACCCGAGGUACCACUGUAUAGAGAAAUUAUGGAGCAAUGUUGGAAGGUUUAGAAGUUGGGCUCCCAGCUUUAGAAGAUCUAAUUAAACCAAUAUGAAGAAUAAUGUAUGGACAAGCAAAUCAAUAUAUGUACAUUGCCUAGAGCAACCUUUCUCAACCUUGUGUCCCCAGACGUUGUUGAACUACAACCCCCUUCAUCCCUGACCACAGGUCUGGCUAGCUAGAGAUGAUGGGAGUUGUAGUCCAAUAGCACAUGGGGCUCCAAAGUUGAGAAAGGCUGACUUAGAGUAUAUCACUUAAUCCUGAGUACACCUUCUGAUCUUGAACUUGGUGUAUGGAACUCAAAUAUUAUAUAAUAUGCAGAGCUUAUUUCUGACAUCCUAGGAUAAUUAUUUGGUGCUUUUCAGAAAUUCAGAGAACAAUGAGGAGAUAUCAUGCACCAGUAGUUGGUUGGUUGACCAACAACACCUGAAGAGGAGGAGGAAAGAAAAGGCGAAGUUGAGAACAUCAUCUGUUGCCAUGAUAUGCACAUCUGCUCGCACUAGACCACUUCAGAGUUUCCAGAGGAGGAAGCUGUACAAAAUGAGCACUGCUUUCAAUUCAAACCAGCAGGUACAAAUGCAAAGGUUCCAGCUUUGUGUGCCAGAUUAGUAUGGGUGUGUAUCUACUACAUGCUCCUGCUCUUGUUCUGUUCUGUGAGAUUCUAAAUUAGGGGAGAAAAUUUUCAAGAAGCAGGUCAGAUGUGAGGUUGACCACACAUAAGGCUAAAUUGGAUUUCCUAAGUUGGCCUUGUUGACCACCGCGACUUCCUUUUUCUAACUAGGUAUGAUGUUGGAUGAAGCAUUGUAUAUAUUUAUCCUUAAAAAUAAAAUUAAAAAACCCAAAUUCGAUGAUUCUAAAUUAUUUUUCUUUGUUAUCCAAUGUCUCACACAUAGUGUAUUGUCAGCUGGAUUUUCCCUUUGGGGGACAAAAGAACAGGAGAGAGAAGCAAGAUAUAUUAUGGAUUAAUUAUACAAUGAGUUUCUUUCAUGUGACCAUUUAUACGAGUCCAGAACUGAAAGCAUCUUCCAUCUUGUUGGGUCAUAUCCUUACCCAAUUUUCUGGAUGACAGCCCACCAUGUAUGGCAGUGAGGUCACUUUGACUUGACCAGUGGGCUGGGCUGUGUUAACAGGCCGCAUUCUGCUUCAUACUAGUUAUUUAGGUAAAUAUUUUUUACAAAUGGUUUAACACUUGAGAGUUAAUGUGGAAGUAUAUAAGGAAAGAAAGCAGUGUAACUGAGCUGUGUUACAGUGGUGCCCCGCAAGACGAAUGCCUCGCAAGACGGAAAACCCGCUAGACGAAAGGGUUUUCCCUUUUUCAAUGCGCUUCGCAGGACGAAUUUCCCUAUGGGCUUGCUUCGCAAGAAGAAAAUGUCUUGCGAGUCUUGUGAUUUUUUUUCGCUCCCCCCCCUUUUUCUAAGGCGCUAAGCCAUUAAUAGCCUUUUAGCAGCUAAGCCGCUAAGCCUUUAAUAGCUGCUAAACCGCUAAUAGCGCUAAUCCGCUAAGCCACUAAUAGGGUUGCUUCGCAAGACGAAAAAAACCGCUAGACAAAGAUACUCGCGGAACGGAUUAAUUUUGUCUUGCGAGGCACCACUGUAUUUGUUGCAUUCAAACAACAUGACUGAGCACUGAAAUGGGUUUAAGAGGUCAGCUAGGCUGAAGUUACUAAUCAAGAAAGGUUUUGCGAGCAGAAAUGAUACGCCUCUUCAGAUAAAAACAGUGUCUUCACUUAGCUUCUACUGAGGUCAAGUGAGGCUAACAUGAAAUUACAGUCCACGCCCCCCAACCAACAAGGAAAUGCAAUCUGAUUUUACUACACUGUCAGCAACAUUAGUACAAUACUAUACUGCAACAUGUGGAAGACAGGAGUGCCUGGCGUGCUCUGGUCCAGGGGGUCACGAAGAGUCGGACACGACUAAACGACUAAACAACAACAACAAUACUGCAACAUGCUGCCUUGUUACUUUUGACAGCAAACUUCAGAAUUCAGAAAUGAAGCAGCAGUAUUGUAGUCCGCUCUUUCCACCUAAUACAUAUGUCUGGACAAAAACGGCAAUUGAAAACUAUCACACUUUGCUAAAUCAUAGUGCUGUAUAAUGAAUGCUUUGAAAAGCAGGCCUUGGCAUGCAAGUAAACCCUGUAUUGAAUACUAAAUUGUUUGCUAUGGGAGCAAUGACAAGCUUAAGUUGGAUGUCUCCAAGAGCUGUUGUAAGACACAGAGAAGGAAAAUUCCAAAACAACUCUCAGUUGCAUUUGGGCUUCAGAAGUGUGGGAGCACAUGAUCUAAGUUACAGAGAGCUACUCUUGCUGCCAUCAAAAACUUGUAAUUGCUAGCUGUUUUCCGAGUCAUAGCCAAAGGUCUUAGUAAUUUGGGAGUUUAUUGAAGAUUGAGUUACGUGUUUGUUUUGUGUGUGUGUGUGUGUGUGUGUGUGUUAAACACACAUUUACGUAUAUGUAGCCAUAAAUAGAUGUAUUUUUAUGUAUGUAAAUGUAACUGUUUAAGCCAUCCAAGCUCUUAGAGACAUGACAGAAUCUUCAUACAAAAUGCAUUUUGUUUGUACAAUAAAACAAAUAAAACAUUUCAUAUAUGAGUUUCUUAGGAGUCGGAGGCCUAAAGCUAAUAAUAGUUCAAAAUCUCUCAUAUCAAAUUAAUGUAUGUGUUCUAGUUUCAGAGUCUGGUAAAGGUGAUGAGAGCAUAAAGAUCCCCACCCCCAAACACUUACCUCUGAGGAAGUAUGUUGCCAUCUAAAUCUGCUGUUUCUUUUUGGAUAAUUUAUUUAAUCACAAAACCUUACACAGCUGGCAGUGCUCAAGUUUAAAUGAAAUUGAAAAGCUGUAUCUUCUCUUUUUCUUUUUUUUUAAAAGAUUUUUGCUGUUCCAAGCUAGCUUAGUUUUCCUCUUCAUAGGCUCAGAAGUACCUUAAGCUGAUCUGUGUUAAAUUAAGAUUCGACCUAGCAUAAACAGCUGCAAAGUACCUGAACUGAAAUAAAUAUUUAAUUUGGAAAAUACUGCUUUGCUGCUGUUUUUGCAAAUAAUCUUAAAACUUAAAAUCUUAAAACUUUUAAAACAAAAUAUAGCAUAUUGUGUGUAAAGCAAGAGGAAUGGAAACCUUCACAAAAAUAAGUAUAUUCCUCCUACAGUAACAUUUCAUUAAUCAGGUUUUUAUUUCCCUAAAUAUAGCAAUAUGAUAUUCAUAAGAAUAGUUUUCUCAGUAAAAAGGAAAGAAAAGAAAAAGGUCAGAGCCAGUGAUUGAAGCUAAAAAUGUUAUGUCCCAAUAAAACUUUGUCUUCACCUAAAGGGGGGGGGGAGUACCGUAUUUUUUGCUCUAUGAGACUCACUUUUUCCCUCCUAAAAAGUAAGGGGAAAUGUGUGUGCGUCUUAUGGAGCGAAUGUAGGCUGCACAGCUAUCACAGAAGCUAGAACAUUGCUGCUUUCACUGCGCAGCGAUCCCUAUUGCUGUUCUGGCUUCUGAGAUUCAGAAUAUUUUUUUUCUUGUUUUCCUCCUCCAAAAACUAGGUGCGUCUUGUGGUCUGGUGCGUCUUAUAGAGCGAAAAAUACGGUAAUUUUCACCUGUUUAAAAUAAAGCAGGGUGGUAUCCAAUGCUGGCUGUUUACUAGCAGGACAGGAGAGAGAGGCAUUUUUGCAUGUUCCAUCUCCCUUGUACUCCAAAGGAUCCCUUUUCAAUAUUGUUUGCAUUUCUAUUUAAAAGCUAAAGGUUGCAAUUUCAGCUGGCUGAAGAUCUUUCAUUGCAGUCAGAAGUAAGCACCACUGAGUUCAGUGAACCUUGCAUCCAGGAAACUAUAUAUAGUUUGCAGUUAUGCUUAUCCUCUUUUAAAAUUCUUUUAUUGAUUUUUCAAAAUAACAUGAGUGAUAAUCUGUGAAAAAGGGUGCCAUAUCACUAUAAAGUUUCUGACUAAUGCCUUGACUUCCUUUGUUAAUUUUUUAGAGACUGCCAAUGUCCAUGCUUUCUGUUUCCACUGUGAUAAUUCUAAAUGUUCUAGGGACUUUCAGUUUUGAGCAAUAGGUUGUCUAGUAGCUAUCAAAAGGAAGGUGAUUAGUUCUUUAUUUAAGGAUGAUAACAGUAUCAUCUUUAAAACUUGAUAGCAGAACCAAGGUUGUGGUGCAAAUAACAUUUUGGUUUGUAAUCUAGCCAAUCUCAUUAACAGAAUUGUUCCAAAAUAGUUGCAGUUUUUCACAUGCCCACCAUGUAUGAAUAGUUGUUCUCCUUACACUUUCUCCAACAGAGAGGAGAAAUGGUUUUAUUGAUGUAGUUGCACCUCAGAGGGGUCUAUGUAAGACACUGAGAGUGUUUUCUUUUACACAUGUGGAUACUGAUUUUUUUAGCCCACAAGCUUUGCCAAUCUGCCCCUUCAAAUUAUGGUUUCUAAAUCUGAUUCCCAAGUAUGUUUUAUUAAAUUUAUUUGGCCCAAUUGUAUGUCAUGUACUAUUUUGUAAUUAUUGAUAAUACAUGUUCAGAUUUUGCAUUAGUAUUCAUAAUUAGAAUUUCAAAUGGAGUUAGAGGCAUAGAAGCAUAUGCGAUAACUGUUGGGCUUGCCAAAAAGUGUGUAAUCUGAUGCAUAUUCAGCCAAUUCCCGAUGUUUUGUCUAGCUUUACAUAUUGAUUGUUCUUAUGUUCUCCUUUAUUUAAAAGUUUCUUGAGCUGUCAUGCUGAUCCUAAUAAAUUUGGUAUUGUGCUGUUCUUUGGUAGGUGUGCAAGUUCACACAUAGUAUUUAGGGAUGUGGGUUGUGGCUUUGUGAAAUGUAACUUCAAAAUUUGACACUACUUGUCAUUCUAUAUGACAAGUAGAAUAAAUUGGAGCAUGCCCAAUAUAUUUGCCCGCAGGUUGAUGUUAGGUGACUUUAAAAGGAGUUAAGAAAUUCAUGGAGGAUAAAACUACCAGUCAUUAUUAGUCAUGAUGGGGGAGCAACAGCAGGAGGAGAUAAUUGCUUUCAUUGGAUUUUUGGGGUAAACAGAGAACGGAAGUUAAGAAAAAUAUUACGGAUUUAAUUAGUAAAGUCAGGGAUAAACUGGCUGAAGAAUACCUAUCUCUGGAGCAGUAGUCCUGCUGUCUUGUCCAGCUUGAACUUCAAUCUGUUGACACGGUUUGGUCCAUUUAAUGACAAAAGUUUUAAAUCUGUGUGCCACCUUACAGGCUAUGCAACUGAGAGAUGCCUUGUUUAAUACAGAAGAAGUGGUUCCAGCCUCCAUGUGGAGUACAUAUGAAUUGAGCACCAAGCCCAGGACACAAAAACAACUCAUGUUAGAAUUGGACACCUCAUUCCAUCCCGUCUUAUCAUUUCCUUCUGGUAAGUGGUUGCUUGCUAUCCUAUGUACAGCAGAACAUCCCUUUUAUUGACUAUUUUUUUAUUAUGCUGUAUUUUCUGCAUUCCUCCAAGGAGCUCGAGGCAGUGUCAGAGACUCCCCCUGCCCCCAUUUUGUUCUUGUAAGUACUCUGUGAGGCAGUUAAGAUUAAGAGAAACAGUAACUGUCACUAGGGGAGCUUCAUGGUUUUGUACACUCCACUUAGCAUUUUCUCCACAAAACUACUGGCACUUACAUAGUGGAGAGUAGGCCAGACUUCAUGAAUUAGCCUUUGAAAAUAGGCAUGCAAUGCACAUGUAAGUGAAUAGAUUUUGGGGAUAGUAGAUUGCAAUUAGAUGAUUUAUAUUUCUUUACAUAGAUUGAAUCUCUAUUUUUCAGACACUUCUCUUCAUGUACACUUUAAGACACUGCUCAAGAAUUAUGAGGUCAAAGGUGAAUCUGCCCUUGGUUUAGAGUUAAAAAUGUCUCCAUCAAAUGGUAUGCAGUACAUAAUUUUGCCUUUUUUUGUUUCAAAAUUUAUUAUUUGACAUUGUUUUGUUGAUUUUUCUCCACUGUACUUUUUUUUUUUUAACUGAUGGGGAUGAAUUUUUACAUUGUAAUUUAAAGUGCAAACAGAAAAAAUAGCCUUCCUUUAAACUGAGAACAAUAGUAAGAUAGUGUUUAUUUUGUUGUAGAAUAUUUUCAUUAUAAAGGUCCUCCUCAACAGUGGAUCUGUGGAUUUGAAUCCAGUUUCAAACAUCAGACUGUGUCAGAAGCAUCUGAACACCUGCUAGAGGGAAGAAAGAAAAGACAUUUAAGUGAGACAGUGAUUGGUAAGUUGCCUAAGCUAUCAGGAGGUCAGGUAAAUGACAAGUCCCCGGCAUACUGUCCACUUCUGUCCACAAGAAGAAAGUAACUGUUUGCAGUGCAAUCCUGUACAUCUCGAUUCAGAAGUAAGUCCCAUUAAGUUCACUCGGACUUGCUCAGAGGGAAGUGUGUAUAGGAUUACAGCCUCAAAUGGAUGUUUUGUCAAACUCUUGAGGAUUGCAUUCCAGCUGUAGAAACCAUGUGGUACUGUGGAGAAUAACUUUUAUCAACUUCCUUUGAAUAUAGCAAUAGGUGGGCGUAUGUUUGCAUUUUUACAGAUAAGACUCUCUUAACAGUUUCAUUGUCACCUCUUGCUAUGUUCCAUUUACGUUUAUUAUAACAUCAUGUGGAGCAGCUAAGUCGUAAUUGUAGUAGUUGUUCAGAAAUAUCGUUCAUUACAUACAACUUUCUGAAAGAUAAAGGACUCUUCCCCUUUUCUUUCUUUUGUGUGGCAGGAGAAAGUAGUAAGAGAUGUGAAGCAUUUUCCUUUCAACACGCAGAACCAGAAUCCCAGAGUCCUUUUACAGGAGCAGCCAAUGGAGACAUGAUGUCUAGAUCAAGUCAUAGUAUAUCAACACAGGUAUGCUAAAAUUAUUGUACUGGAAGAUUAGCAGUCUAGACCAACCUUCUCCCACCUGGUGCCCUUCAUAUAUUUUUUUAAUUGGAGCUCCCAUCAUCCUGGCCAUUGACCAUAUUGGCUGGGUCUCAGGAGUCAGGUAGGGUGAGUCUGGUCUAGAGGGGCUGAUCUGCGUCAGAUGUGUUGCAUAGUAUAAAUUACUCUCUGAACAGCUAAAUCAGUAUGCAAAUCCUGGCAGCUGGAGAACAAUACAGAUGUUCCCCCAAGCAGCUCCAGCUCCAGCAUGGUCCCUGUUCACAUGAAAGCCAUGAUACAUGAUACAUGAGAAGGCCAUGUUGGCGAAGUCCGAUGGAUAACAACUAAAGGGUGCCAAGUUGAGGGUUGUUGCUGUCUCAGCACCAUCCUUUUGCUUCCUGCACUGCACUGGCUAUGAAGUCAGCAGUAGGAGCAUGUCUCCUGAGGAAUGUAGCAAAGGAACGUAUUCCAGAGACACUCUGUACCAUAACUGGAGAUAUUAAGGACAAUAUAAGGGAUAAAAGUUGUGCUUUAAAAAGGAGUUAGGACCUUGCCCUUUAGUAAAAAAAAACUCUGAGCGGCUUAUCAAAACAAGCUCUAAGACAGUUGUUGCCCUCAGGCUCACAGGCUAAAAAGACUUGAUAGAAGAGGAAGGGACUAGGAGGAAGAAGCAAGUUCCAGCACUAAUUCUCAAAGUUACAGCUGACAUCAGUGACAUUUCAGGCUGUCUUGUCCUUGUCCAUCCUUCCCAUGAAUCAAUCUUUCCACUAGACCAGAUGUAGGCGCAAAGCUGGUAAGGAGGAAAUGGCAGCUCUGGUACACAGUUUUUCUCUUGAAAAGCAGACUUGAUGGCAGUUAAGACUCCUCACACAGGAGGGCACUUGAUGGAUUUACAACAAAGCCAAUAAAAAACAUUUUACCUCUGGCUUUGAUAAUUUAGUAUAUCAGUUUGUAUUUUCAUGAAUUAAUGAUUAUAUAUUAGUUUUAAACCAGAGCUUGUUUAUAGUACUGACAUUUUUCUGUUGGGAUAUAGUUUCAAAAAUUUCUGAUCAGCUUUGAGUAUUAAAGAUGGUUUUCUAGCGAGUUCUGUGCACUUAAGUUUACUUUUGACUUUGAGUGUCCAUUUAAUGACAUCCAAUGUAUAAUGUUAUGAUUUUUGCACAGCUCAAUUCAAGACGUAGACUGAGAAGUGAGAGCUCCUAUGAUAUAGAUAAUAUUGUUAUACCUAUGUCACUCGUGGCACCGUCCAAGCUGGAGAAACUGCAGUAUAAAGAAAUUCUCACUCCAAGGUACAGUUGUGUCCAUUCAUAAGACAGUGUGAAGCUAUAUUUUGCUAGGGCCAUACUCAACCUUAAAAGUACAUUUGAGCCAGACUAGGAGGCCAAAUUGCAAAUGUUUCUUAUCUCUAGAAAAACACAUAUUUUGAUGAUGUGGGGAGGAGGUAACUCAAAAGGGCAAAGGACAGCUUUCUUUUGCCACUUUCUUCUGCAGCAAUGAAACUGCCACAAUGCAUCAGAACAGCCCAGGUGUACGCUGGCAUACAUGUCUGAGCAUAUAUAUUCCUCCCAGUGGGUUAUGUUCUGGAAUACACAUUCAAGAAUGCAUCAAAACAUUCUGAUAGAACUGUAGCUGUUUCAGGAUUUCUCUGUGAAAGCAGUCAGGAUUUGCUUGCCCUUAACUGGUUUCAGCAGAGCCAAAUCCUGAUUAGUUCCAUAACACUGUCAUGGUUCCUGACUGGACAGGACUGUAGUCAAUGAGGAGCUGUCCUGUUUUUGUUUUAGUCUGUUACAUUAAAAAUGAUGCCAAAGCAUCAGUAGGAAAUUAUGCCUGCAAACAGGUGUGAAAAGCAGUAUUAAAAAACUGGAAGGUAGGGUUCAAAAGGCUUUAUCCACCCCAUGAAAGCAUGCUAUUUGCCAUUAGAACAGAGGACAAAUAUUUUAAAGUCUCGUGCUGAGCCAGAUAAAUUAAUUGCGUCACUGAUAUCAAAAGCUCUUUAAGCAGUGAAAGCAAAGAGUCUUGAUUUUGCAUCGUAUGAGGCUUCUUCAAAUGUGUUUAGAUUAAGUUGCUUUGGUCAGUGUCCAGAAUUCGUUGAAAAUCAUCAUCAUUCAUGGGUACAUGUCAAUCCUAGAUUAAAUUUGUGCAUUUCUCUGCUUUUCAAGUAUACACCAGUGAGUUUUUACUGUCAGAUUUAGUUAACUAAUUGCAGCUCACUUUGCCCAUAAAGCAACCAACUUUAUAGUACUUAGAGGAGGCAGAUGAGCAAAUUAGUGGGUAGAGAGGGUCCAGUGAGAAGUUCUUAUCAGCUUAUAGUCAAUGGAUUUAAACUAGACAAGCACUAACCAUACACAGAAAUUCAAUUAUUUCAUUUGUUGAAUUAGUGUAUUUGUAGUGUUUACUAUGCAAAAUGAUUUUUCACAAUGUGACAGAGAUGAAUUGUGCAUUGAGGAAUCUUUUUCAUCAACAGCUGGAGAACUGUUAACCUCGAGCCUUUGGGAAGCCUGCAUGAAGAAGAAGAAAAGGUUGGUUGUGUUUCCAUCCAUCUGAUAAUUUAUAACAUUGCUUUUGUUUUAUCCAGUAGUUUUGUAGAGCUCUUAGAGCGGGAAACUAUUUUCCCUCCCAAAAUAAACAGUAUCCUUGACACACACUUGCAUGUUUAUGAAUUGUACAAGCGAGGAAAGGAAACAAUAAGAUCAGAAAUAUUGUAUGAAUGUUUUCUUAAGGUAUUGGCUAACUAGUGCUUGAAAGUUCAGAAAAAUAAGUUACAUCAACCUUGUGCAGAAGUACACCUUGAAUGACCCCAAAGCCAUUUUCACUUGCAACAUCUACUGUUAAAUUCUGGCUGAAAUAUCUUUGCUGAACAAGUUUUUUUAUGGGUUAUUGGAGAACAUAUGUUCCUGCUUCAGUCUUUCAGAGGGGAAACUUAGUCAAAAUCAAGCAAGCUGUCACCCAUUUCUCAAAAUUUGCUUGCCUGUCCUGCAGGGUUAUCAUGUUCCUCCUUCAGCUGAAAAUAGUAAUUUAAUGAAUGACAUCUAUUUUGACAGGGCUGCUAUAUCACAUACACUACCAUAUUUCACAAUCUGGCAACGCAAAAAGUAGAGUAUACACAUUUAAUAAAUCAUAAUAGAGCUGCACACGGACAGCACAAACCUAGAUUUAUAUAUUCACGGAUGCCAGGGAGGUGCAGGUCCUGCAAGUCCUAUACACAGUGCAUUGAACAACCCUACAGUAGGCACAGGCAAGAACUCUGGUUACCUAAAUCAUUUACUUUUAAGUUUGGUUUUACAUAGCUAUCACUGCUCUUUAUGCUUUUUGUUUCCCCCCAACCCGAUUUCUCCCAACAGCACCCCGACCUAGGUGUAUGUCAGCCUGCGAGUAUAUUUCAUACCUCUGAUGAAAUAAGCCUGCUCCACCCAGCUCUGCCCCUUUUCAUGACGUAUUUAUGAUGUAUUGGGGCUACUUCAGGUUUGGGGCAAUUGCGCAUCUAACGCACCUAAACCGGGAGUUGCCUGUAUAAACAGCUUCAUGUAGCACUAAAAUACACAUUCUGACCAGAAAUUGACCAGUAUCAGUUUCACAUACUGUAUAAACAUUUUAAAGUAAUACCCUGCCUUCCGCUCUACUCUGCCCAGGAUAGUAAAAUAACCUGUGAAAGAAUUGUGUCUUUUUACGGUUGAAACAUUGGUGUUUUAUUCUUACCAAAAAAUUAAUGUAUGUUCUAGAGAUAUGUCAAGUUUUAAAUUUGUAUAGCUAUAAAAUGUGUUUUAUAGACAUACAUCUAGGUUGCUUUUUUGCAGUUUUUGUUGAUUGGUUUGAUUUCCUUUUGGUUUUUCCACAAAAGCUUAUGCUACAAUAAUUUUUGCUAGGCUUUAAGGUGCCACAAGACUCUGGGCAAGAUCCAGCAUCACGACAGUUGAUACAUCAUUUCCCCUCUUCCCCUUAUAAACAAUGUUUAUAAUCUGGGCACUUUAAUAUUUAGGCAGAAGAUCUGUCAGAUGAUGCCUAUGCUUCGCGUCAUGCAAACUACGAAGACAAAGAGAGAGCACGGUGGUCGCUGUGGCAACAGUGUCAAUGGCCCAGAAGGAACAGGCAGGUUGAUACCUAUAUAAGAGAAAUGGUUUAGUCAUGUUGGCCACAUGAUCUGGAAAGUUGUUUUUGGACAAAUGCCGGCUCCCUCUGCCUGAAGCGAAAUAAGUGCCGUGGUUCAUAGUCACCUUUGACUGGACUUAACCGUCCAGGGGUCCUUUACCAAGAACUUGCAGCCUCAUAGCCAGUUAUCCUAAGAAACCAAACUUAUGAUAUUUUUCUGGAACUAUUAUUGCUCAAAUAGCGAUAUUAAAAUUUCACUAAAAUAUAUUGCAUGUUUCACGCACAACUUUGAAUAACUAAGGAAAGUGUUUAUUAAAUGCUGUUUAAUGCCCUGUCCCAGUAAAGAUUAUAGAAAAGGAUGUGGUAAGACAGCACCACAGGAGGGUCCUACACUUUGCUACUCUUAAAUGCAAGAUUUCUUAUACAGGCAACUUUCCAUUUAUGCACAUUCAAGGCAUGCAUGAUUGUACACAUCGCUGCAAACCCUGCAAAAAUUGCCCCAAAAGAGUGCAAAAACGAAAAUAAUGCCUAGCAAUCCUACAAGCCUUUGCAAGUGCAAAUCCAUGAGCCUUUGCACCAACCUCAGGCCUGUGGAAAGUUGGGAGUCUGAGCAAGGAGGUUUGGAGGGAGCGAUUGUGGUGGAGUUUUGUUUUUUUAAAGGGCUUUUCAAGGGUUUUUCAAGGGUUUCCGGAGGUUUAGAGGUGGUUUGCAGGCUUUUUCAGUGGUCUUCCCCAUAUAUGUGAUUUCACUUACCAUAAAUGUAUGGUGCCUUGGAAUGUAACAUCCACAUAAAUAGGGAAUUGCUUGUAUACAUUCUGCAUUCAAUUUUUGGGUUUUCCUUUCAAAAUAUUAAGAAAUUUUAAUUCUACCCCCUUAAAAUAUGACAGCAUCUUAUUUUCCAUUAGAUGGUUUCUGUUUGGAAAAAACUGGAGCUUUGUCUCAUUAAUAGAACAUAUAGCAGAAGUUCUGACGGACAAGAUCCAGCACUGAAAGAAAAACAAGGCAACACUGACUUAAUAUCUGAUUUUUCUGAAAACAUUGCUGACGCUACUUCAGAAAUCCACAGUUCUCUCUGCCUUAGGGAGUCACAGUCUUCAGAAAGAAACCAAAAAACAAAGGUAAAAUAUAUAUAUUUAGUAAUAGCUGGGUGUGUUGACUUGAGUCCCACUGACAGAAGGGACCAAAACCUGCUAUCUAUAAACCUUUUUGCUUUAAAUUAUUUAGCAUUAUAUGUAUUAAAAGUGUAAAACUAAUUUAAAGGUCCACAUUGUGGUGGUGGGUUUGUUUUUUUAUUAAAAAAUUUUUUUAACAAAGCUAAUAUUUUUUGUUGACUAUACUAUACUGUUUUUAAUUGUGCUAUGUAGCAGUCACUAAGAAUGUGAGCUAGAAAAUCCCUGGUCAUCCCUUACCUCAGUCCUGAACUCACUGUGGGGUGUAAUACUACAAAUCUAGCCCAGUGGGGCUUACUUCUGAGUAGAUAUGUAUAGAAUUACCCUGCAUGACUGAAAUCAAAUGCACUUUCCUUUAAGUAAGUCCCAUUAAACAUAGUAAGCUUUGUUCUGAGAAUUCAGGGAUUGAAUUGCAAAAGGCCUCAAGAGAGAGAGGCACUAGAUCUUGGUUUCAUAACCUUCAUCAAGAUAAUGUCGUUCUGGGGAGGUAGCAGGCAGGAAGGUUGUUUGUACUACAGAGAGAAUAUGUGAAGAACAUCAACGUUAUUUUUUUGUUAAUUACAGACUGUUCAUAAAGUGGAGGAUAAACAAUGUUAAGAAAACACUACUGCUUAUUUUCAGUUGAAUUCACCUCUUCCUCUCUCUUUCAUUCCUUUCAGUCUGUUCUUUGGGAACGUCGGUCUUUUCCACUAAAGGUUGAAGAAGCAGGUGCUUUACUAUGCCAAGAUCAGAUAACAGAUCAGCAAGAGAAUUCAGAUGCGGCCAUCCCCAGUGACUUUGACUGUACCUCACAUGCUGCCUUCAGUUUACCAAAUAACCAGCCACAAAAGAAAAGCUCUCCCAAUGAGCUGGAAGAGUACAACCAAGUUCACUUGGGAAUUGGCAGCAUGAAAAAACAGAGGUGA